AUGGCUGAGGCUGGUGCAAAGCAUCCAAGUUUGGUGAGUGACCAGGGCUGGUCAGGGGCUGCUGCUGUCAGAGACUUGUGUGAGUGUUGCUUGUGAGGUGUGUACAUGCAUGCGACAAAGUAAAAUGAAAAAUACUGAGAGCAUCGGUCACAUGUGUGUGUCUGUUUAGCAUUAGAAUCCUUUUACAAAGCUUUAAAUGACCUGAGUGUAGUUCAUUCUGUCCUGUGCAAGAAGUCAGCUGGUGCUCAGACAUUGCAAUCACAUUUAUAUGUACUCGGGAGUAAGCUGUGCUUAGUGUGGUUUACUCUCUACUAAGCCUGUUUAGGUUUACAGCCUGAAUUAUGAACAAGCUUGAUUGGUAGAUAGGGAGGAAAAAAGCACAAACCCACGAAACUAACUACUCCUGUAAAGUUGAGUCAGCAUUUCCAAACUACUGUUGCCACUUUUGUCUUCCGUCAUCCUUAUUACAGUACUUCUUAAGCUUUUUUUUUAAAUAUACAGAUUUAACAGCAUCUCAAAGCACGAGGCUGUGAGCUGUCAUUGAUAAUAUAUGCAUGCUUCAUUGUUACAUUGCAGCAAUAACCAUGAAUCAUAAAUGCAAUGUAUCUUAAAGGUUAACCAAGAAAUUGGUGUUAUGGUACGUUUUGAAUACUAUUGCUAAGAUUUAAAACAGUUUUCCAUGAUUUAAGAUGAGCUAUAUUUUUAAUUAGUGAAGAUUUGGCUCUCUGUGUGUAAAUAGAUCCAUUUAUAAUAUAUACAUAUUUACAAUUUAAUGUGCCUUUCUUUAAGGCACAUGGGUGGCACUGUGGUCUAAACCACAGAGCUUAGGGCUUGCCGAUCAGAAGGUUGGCGGUUCGAAUCCCUGCCACGGGGUAAGCUCCCGUUGCUCGGUCCCAGCUCCUGCCAACCUAGCAGUUUGAAAGCACCUCAAAGUGCAAGUAGAUAAAUAGGUACCGCUCCAGCGGGAAGGUAAACAGCGUUUCUGUAUGCUGCUCUGGUUCGCCAGAAGUGGCUUAGUUAUGCUGGCCACAUGACCCAGAAGCUGUCAGCGGACAAACACCAGCUCCCUUGGACAGUAAAGCGAGAUGAGCGCCACAACCUAGAGUCGUCUGUGACUGGACCUAAUGGUCAGGGGUCCUUUUACCUUUACCUUCUUUAAGGAACGUGGUGUUUAGCAACCUCCCCUCCACAAUAGUUUAAUUAAUUAUCAUAAUUAUGUUAAUUAUAGGUAUGCUUGGAUUCGCUUGGGCUUUCUUUUGCUCAAGUGUUUGUUUCAUACCAUGUAUGAUGCUUACAUGACCAUUUCUCAGCCAUCUUGGAUAGCCUAAACGCAAUUGGAAGAUACACAGUUAGAGACACUCUGAAAGUGGGUUUUGUGUGUGUGUGUUUUUUAAAAAACAAAACUACAGCUGUUAAUCCUACUGAGCAUGUGAGCUAGUUUAAAGUCAAAAAGCUGCUUGUCUGUUCAAUCAGAUGAUUGACUAUAGUAAAAAUCUCCGGAAUUUCCAGCUGCAUGUACAUAGGGGGUCAAAGUUUCUGGCUGUUGGUGGUUCAAGCCUACCCUGGGACGGCAUUACAGGAGGUUGGACAAGGUGAUACCCCCCCUGGGAUACCUUCCAACUCUGCAAUUCUAUGAUUCUAUCUCCCCUCCAUCCUUCAGAAUCUAGGGUUGUAUCCAUGUUUAUUGUCUAUGGAAGUGUGUUGUUGGAACACAUGUGAUAUAUAUAUAUAUAUAUAUGCAUGCUAGAUAAAUGUAUCUAGUAAAUGGCACCCGUCCUGUGGAAUGCCCUCCCACCAGAUGUCAAAGAGAAAAACAACUACCAGACUUUUAGAAGACAUCUGAAGCCAGCCCUCUUUAGGGAAGCUUUUAAUGUUUAAUAGGUUACUGUAUUUUAAUAUUUUGUUGGAAGCCGCCCAGAGUGGCUGGGGAGACCCAGCCAUACGGGCAGGGUAAAAAUAAAUUAUUAUUAUUAUUAUUAUCGUUGUUGUUGUUGUUGUUGUUGUUGUUAUUACGCUGGUUCAUGAAGGUGAGAUACCAGGAAAGGGUACUGCAGCUGAGAGACAGAUAAUUUUUUCAGACAACUCCUGCCACCCCUCCCCACCCUUUCUUCCUUUUUCUUAUUCACUUCCUUUUCUUCCUCUGUCCUUUGUUUGGGUUUUUGCAAGCACCUUCCGUCUCUGACUCUGCAGAGUGGAAUUUUCCUGCACUGCUGCUAGGCUCAGGAACACACAGAGCUUCGGUGGUGUUUUUUUUUAAAGGCAUGGGAAACGAGAGUCCAGUAAGAAAGCUAUUAUUAGUGCAAAACAGAGGCCAAUAGCAGAACUUCUUCCAUCUGGGAUUUCCCUGUAGCCUGAAAGGAGCAAUGUCCAUGCGUGGCACAGCCUGCCUCAUGAUGACCAUGCAUGCUUGCCCGAAAGGAGCUGUUUAAAAGGGCUUGUGUUGCUGUCAGACACCAAAGGGAACAACAUGAUUGUGCUGUGAACAUGCAAGUGAAGCCAAAGUUAGAGAGCCAUUUAUUUCACCUGGGGAGCAAAGGAUGCAGUUAAAUCAGACUGGGUGAGCCUCUCUGCUUUUUUAUCUGCAGUGGGUAUAAGUAAACUAUUAUGAUUAUUAUUUAAAAGGUAAAGGGACCCCUGACCAUUAGGUCCAGUCGUAACCGACUCUGGGGUUGCGGCGCUCAUCUCGCUUUAUUGGCCGAGGGAGCUGGUGUACAGCUUCUGGGUCAUGUGGCCAGCAUGACUAAGCCGCUUCUGGCGAACCAGAGCAGCGCACGGAAACGCCGUUUACCUUCCCGCUGGAGCAGUACCUAUUUAUCUACUUGCACUUUGUGCUUUCGAACUGCUAGGUUGGCAGGAGCAGGGACCGAGCAACGGGAGCUCACCCCGUCACUGGGAUUCGAACCGCCGACCUUCUGAUUGGCAAGCCCUAGGCUCUGUGGUUUAACCCACAGUGCCACCCGCGUCCCUCUAUGAUUAUUAUUUAUUGCACUGGAAUUUUUUUCACCUCGUUACCUUUUUUUUUGUCUGGUUCACAGACCCCCUGAAGCCCAUUCACAGACCCCCUAGGGUCUCCUGGUUUCAUUUCUCUUGGGUAAAGCAGCAUAGGAGACUUACAACGUCGUCUUCAUGUUUUUUAUUUACAAUUUAAAUGUACAGACAGAACAUAUGGGAAGCAAGGGGAUUCCUGCGGCGCGCAGCAGAACCACUGAUCUUGCGCCAGAUUCCCAGAGCGAAAACUGCACCCCACUGUGAUUUUAUCUUUAGUCAACCCACAGCUGUGUCAGCUUUCUACCGGGCUCUGCCUGCAUUGGCUUUCAAACUUGCCCAUCCCACUAGCCCAAAGGUGCUGCCUUUCAAAGGAGCAGAGAGAUUCCAGGCUGUGAAGAAAGAGCUUCCCCAGCCAUUGAGAAAACAUAAACUUAUCUUCCCCAUUGGCAAGUCCAAUUAGCUAUUUUGGAUGGAUAGAUAGAUAGAAAAGAGGGACAAAUGAUGUUGGGAAGUCUCACACAAUGUGAUCGUUGUGCGGGAUUUAUUCUGAAAUGUGUGGGUGGCAUUCAACUUAGAGCCAUUGAAAUUAACAAACAUACUGAGAUAGGUGCAUUAGUUUCAACAAGUCUACUCCAAGUAAAGCUUAGUUGAACACCACCCUAUGUUUUUCUGUGUAGUUGCUUGAGUCGCUUGGAAUUUGUCCUGGCAGCACAUUCCUUUUGUCCGAUGCAUAUUGCAUAUUGGGUAUGUCCUCAUGGCUAUGUGUGAUAUUAUACCUUUUGAGAGACGCAAAAAGCUAUGUUGAAAUGCUGUUGUUGCCCAUUGCUUAUUUCUUGUGUCUGCCUAGGGUCAGUUUAGCGUGCCUUUGUUGCACUUCAGGUUCCACAAGGAAAGCUGGAAUUAGUUCUCUGAAGUGCAACCAGUGCUGCAUUUGGUCUUUUGUCUGCAUCUUAGCAUGACUAUCACGGAUCUCUACUAGGAUCAGUAGUUUUCAGCCUUAUCAGACCACUUUUAACUCAAUCAUGCAUACAGGGGCUAAUUUCUUAAUUUUAAAAAAUUGCUUUAAAAAUCCCCAACAAUCUAUUUGUGUGGUGGUAGUGCUGUUUUUGCAACCCACCUUAGAUUAGGCCAGGGUUGGCAAGGUUUACCUCACCUGGGCCGGUUCAGUCCAGCGGAGAUCCCUCUGUGGGCCAGAUUGUGUGCGCACAUGAGCAUGCGCAUGAGCGCACCCGCCCACGAUUUCUGGUGUCUGUGUCUGUGCAGAUGUGAUUUCCACCACCAUGGAAGCGAGUCCCCGUGCCGCGCUGCACCGGUUUAGCACAGCACAGGGGGACUCACGGCUCGGUUCAGGGGCGGCUUGUGGGCCAGUUAAAUGACCCCUGUGGGCCACUUGGGUUGCCAACCCACCAGCUGAAGACCAGAUGGCACUUCCAAUUCCUAGCGUUCGCAGCAAUUUUGGACCAGUUUUUAGCUUUAAAAUUAUAUAUUAGAAUAUAUUUGCUUAUCUAGAUAUCCGCAGGAGCACUCAUGUAGCCCUUUGAAGUAACAGCACAAUUUUAUUCAAAGGUAUCUAUUUUCACUCAACUGUGACCUAACAUUUUUCAUCCUAUCUAUCUAUCUAUCUAUCUAUCUAUCUAUCUAUCUAUCUAUCUAUCUAUCUAUCAUUCUAUCUAUCUAUCUAUCUAUCUAUCUAUCUAUCUAUCUAUCAUCUCCAUGUUUUCCUUUGAGAAUCCACUAGGGCAGGAGGGGCGGGGGGAACCUUUGGCCCUUCAGAUGUUGCUAAACUACAACUCCCAUCAGCCCUAGCAAGUAUGGCCAAUGGCCAAGGAUUAUGGUAGUUGGAGUUUGGCAUCAUCUGGCAAGCCAAAGCUUCUCCACAGUUGCACAAGAGCGAAGUCUAAGGAAGAGCAAGCUCUCUGCUCAUCCUCCUUAUUCCAGGAAUGAGGGAUGUCUUUCAGCUCAAGGGCGGAAGCCACAUACUAGUGGCAGGUGGAGCAACAGAGACCACAUUCCAGCCAUGAAAAGGUCAGCUGUUUCCACAACCAGAGGCCCACACACGUUUCUCCAUCCAUCCAGCAAGAGGAAUUAUCUCAGUCCCAGUAGGCAAAAGCAGGGAAGGAGGAUUUGUAUGGCUUGGGGUAGGAGGGUAUAGUUUGGGGAGUCCCAGGGGCCAGAUACAGAGGGCCACAUUUGAGCCCCAGGCCAAAGGUUCCCUUUGUUGUUGUUUAGUCAUUUAGUCGUGUCCGACUCUUCGUGACCCCAUGGACCAGAGAAUUCCAGGCACUCCUGUCUUCCACUGCCUCCCGCAGCUUGAUCAAAUUCAUGCUGGUAGCUUCGAGAACACUAUCCAACCAUCUCGUCCUCUGUCGUCCCCUUCUCCUUGUGCCCUCAAUCUUUCCCAAUAUCAGGGUCUUUUCCAGGGAGUCUUCUCUUCUCAUGAGGUGGAGCCUCAGUUCUCAUGUACUGGAGCCUCAGCUUCACGAUCUGUCCUUCCAGUGAGCACUCAGGGCUGAUUUCCUUCAGAAUGGAUAGGUUUGAUCUUCUUGCAGUCCAUGGGACUCUCAAGAGUCUCCUCCAGCAUCAUAAUUCAAAAGCAUCAAUUCUUCGGUGAUCAGCCUUCUUUAUGGUCCAGCUCUCACUUCCAUACAUCACUACUGGGAAAACCAUAGCUUUAACUAUAUGGACCUUUGUGGGCAAGGUGAUGUCCCUACCCCUGCCCUAAUCCUUCAUUAUGUUGUAUAUUUAUCCUGGAUGAGGGCUAGCGCUUCAAUAGCUCUAAGUGGUUACUUCAUUGGGAUGAUUGCCUGUAUAUAUUUGCGCUCAUGUCAUCAGGUACUUGGCUUGCACAUGGCGUGUCAUUUGAGACCCUUGCUUGCCGUGUGCUUGAGUCACAUGUGCCCGUGUCUCUUCAUCAGCAUCACUGCCUUUCAUCUCUUUGACAGAUGCCCAUUCUUGCCGCUGCCCAGCUUUCUCGCAUUGACUGCCACGCUUACCAUUCCCUCUGCCAUGUUAUCCGCAUCACACUGGAAGAGUCUCCGUCAAACGUUAAUGGUGCUGUUCACCGCCACGCUUCUCAUUGGAAUAACCAUGCUGGCCCUCUCCACUGACAUCAACCCCGUUGGAUUUUUCUUCAUUGCAGUGGGGGGUCUGUGUUUGCUUGGCUACCUCACUAGUUUGGCAGUGGAGUUCUACCUGAAGCAACGCAAUCCAGUGGAAGAAAAUAAUCCAGGCUCGCGGAGACAAAGUCAGGCUGGGUAAGCAGCUGCGUCUACUUUCCUCUCCUUUCCAUAUGCUGACCCUUUAGAGGUAGUCUAUACAAAGAGCAGAUUGUGGUAGAUGAGGCUUCCUUAACCUCGGCCCUCCAGAUGUUUUGAGACUACAGUUCCCAUCAUCCCUGACCACUGGUCCUGCUAGCUAGGGAUCAUGGGAGUUGUAGGCCAAAAACAUCUGGAGGGCCGAGGUUGAGAAAGCCUGUGGUAGAUCAUGAAAAGAGCAUGACCAAAUCAGACCAUGGAUCUGUUUGUUCUGCAUGCUGAUGAUAAUAUCGUUUAUACCCCACUCAUCUGGCUGGGUUUCCCCAGCCACUCUGGGUGGCUUCCAGCAAAAUAUAAAAACACAAUAAAACGUCAAAACAUUAAAAACUUCCUGAUACAGGGCUGCCUUCAGGUGUCUUCUAAAAGUUGUGUAGUUCUUUAUAUCCUUGACAUCUGAUGGGAGGACAUUCCAAGAAGGCCCUCUGCCUGGUUUCCUGUAACCUCACUACUCGCCGUGAGGUAAACGGAAGAAGACCCAUGGAGCUGGACCUCAGUGUCUGGGCUGAACGAUGGGGGUUUAGGGCUUUAAAGGUCAGAACCAACACUCCAAGUGGCCAACCAACAAUUCUGGGAAGCCUACAAGCUGAUCAUGAAGGCAACAGCCCAUUCUGAGGUAUAUUAGCUCUCAGCUGUUUAGCUACAAUGGCUCGAGGUUCUACUUAACUGUAGUGGCAAAUAGCUUGUAAUUGAUAUAUUCUCCAUUGACUUAGGCCUAAAGUCUUAAAAACUCCCCUGAGCUACCAGUUACCACCUCCUCUUGGGUCAGUGAAACAAAUAAUGCAUUGUAUGAAAUAUUCCCAGUGGAGGACUGCAGGAUCGUAUUAACAAAACUGCUUGUGGCUGGUUGUUAAAAGCAAUGAGAACCAUGAGUUGGCAUUGCAUCUGAACCAGCCUCAAGAAAGCCAGGGGCAAGAGUGAAAGGAUUUGUUAUUUGGGGGUGGGAUUCUAUCUGGAAGCACCCUAAAAGUCUAUCAAAUUCUACAGUAGGUUUAAUAGUCACUCCUUCUCUGCAGCAAACUUUGGGAACUAUAGCUCCAGUGAAAGGAGUAGGAGACCCCUAACAGCUCUCAGCACUCUUAGCAAGAUACAGUUCCUGGAAUUCUUUUGGGGGAAGCCCUCACUGUUUAAUAAUAAUACUACUUUUAUUAUUUAUACCACACACAUCUGGCAUCGUACUGUUUUAAAUGCACGGUGCAGAUGAGGCCUGUGAUUGUGGGGGCCAGAAUGCCCUUGAUGAUCCCAUUGCUUGAAUAUGGUAGAUAUUCUUGUUUGCUGAGAGCACAGAGAAUCCUCCUUUGUGGAAAGUAUGGAGCUAUUAUAAUGAUUUGUGUUUUUAACUACUUCCCCUCUCUUUUACCAGCAUAGACAAUGAGGCCUAUGAGGCACCGGCAUAUGAGGAGGUGGUGACUACUGGCUACUUAUCGGGACCAACCAUCUGGACCAUCACCUCCAGCCCAGGGACAACCCCAGUGGAGCCCCCUCCGUACAGCGUGGUCAUUGAGCCUCCUGCCCACGGAGAGACUGUGGUCGAGGCGUUCAGUGUUUCGGUGGCACCAGGCCCACGGCGUGCCUCCGAGGCAGAUCUACAGUCCCGGUUCCGCCUCAGGUUGCUCAUGCCACCAAAACUGCAGCGAUUUGUCUCGGAUACCCAUGAACUCAAAGGUGUUGAAGAGCGGGCAGAACGUCCGGAGCCCCUCACGCCCCCUCCUGCUUAUGAGAACGCGACUGUGGAGGAGGUCCUUGAAGAAGAAUUUCAGCCCUCCAGGCUAUGAGAACGGUGCACCGUGGACAUUUUUCGUCAGACUUUCUUCGGUGGUCGUCCUGUUGCAAUCCAUGCGAUAUGAGAAACAUGGCUUGUGUGCAAGAUGUUAGCUGCUGUAUCCGCUUUUUAAGAACUCUCCUGAGAAAUGUGCACAUACAGGUCUGAAUUUCUCAUGGGAAAUACAAAUAUACAGUAUAUAAAAAAACGAACUUGUGUUUUCUGACGUUUCCAGAAUGUUCUUGGGCUCACAGCGUAGGCUGCUUGGAAGCUGGCUUUAAAGAAGGCUGGACUGAUUGGUGUAAUGAUUGCUGCUCCUUUUUUUUUUUUAAAUAACCACAUCUGAAACCAAAUAAACUGAGAGGGCAAAUCUGGGAUCAAAACUACGAACCACAUCUUAAUGAUUUCCAAAACCUGUUUAAAAGCUUUGAGUCUGAGGGUUAGUAAACCGAGAUUAAUAAGGCAUUCAGCUUCUGAAAAUAGCACUUUCUUUAUUGUGGAACAAACUGCAUAUUAUGUGCAGAACAGUGAAUUUGUAAAUAUGUAAAAUCAUAAACAUUGAUUGUGUACAAUUGAACAACGUUACGGAGAAAUGCAAUUGCUUCCUGCCCUUUUAAGAAACAUACUAGCUGAUUACCAAGGAAUGCUGUAAUGAAAGAAUUUAUGAAAUAAUGUGAUCACAGGAAAUCUAUCUGUAAAUCUAUUGCAGCCAGGAUACCAGCUGAUGGAAGUGAUCUGUUGACCAAGUCUUUUCCUCAACAUUGCAAACAGUAUAACUUUAAGAAACUUGAAAACAGGACAAUCUGUUUAACAACUGUGUUUAUUGUCCAACAUAUGUACGCUACUGGGUGUCAAAAACAGAUGACAGGCCAAGGGACAGGAGAGUAUGGAAGCCUGGAGAUGGAAUGGAAAAUGGGUAAAGAUGAGUGUGUUGCUGUAUUUAGUCAUCUGAAACUGGGUCCAGAAUGGACAGACAUAGGGCUGACCCAAUCCAAAGGCAAACUGAGACUAUUCUCCCAGGUUACAGGGUGUGGGUGAAUCCACUUCCAGAUGUGGAAGCAAAUUCCAUUGAUAUCCAAGGGAUUUACUGUUGAUUUUAAUAAUCUUUUAAAUGUUUUUAACUAUCUGUUUUUAUCAAUAAUUUCAAUAUUUUAUAUUAUAUUUUUGUACACUGCUUAGAGAUUUUCUUACGAUAAGUGGUAUGUAAAUUUUAUUAAAUAAAGGAUAUUUUGUUCUACCAGCUUCACUCUGGCACCUUUAACAGCUGAUUGACAUGCAGAAAUUAAACAGAUGAUGUUUUGCCCAGUAACAGAUGGCAGCACCUAUCUUUAGAAUAAGGCAGCAAUCCUCUGCACAAUUUCACACAUUAAAAUCAGUUGACUGCAGCCCUCUGUCUACUUAAUCUGAGAGCAAGCCUCGCUGAACUCAAAUCAGAUUUACUGCUGAACAGGCAAGUAUGGGUUUGCACUGCAAAUUGAAUCUAUGGCUAUAAGAAGAAAGAGGAGAAUUGCUGGUAACUGAGAAACAGACAGGCAAGUCUCUUUAAACUAAACAGAAAUCUCCAAAUGAGUGAAAUCUAAUGAAUAUGCACAUGUGAAACAUGAGGAGACACUGGGUGCAUUGGGCUUUGGUUAUUCUUUGAAGGGUUCUACCACCCUAUUUGCCCAAUCUGAUCUCCAUCUCACUCCACCAUUGCGUCAGGCAACCAUAGAAUGAGCACCAUAUAGGAGUUCCAUCCCAAUUGCAAUAUCCAGCUUUGUUGAAAGGUGCCCCUUCAGUUAAAGGGUCUCAUGCUGCUCUAGGAGUCUUUUACUGCAACAAAGCAAGGGAAAUUCUGUUUGUAUUGGAGCUUCCACAGUGGAGUCCUAUCUCUUCUCAGUCUCCUCUAUUCCAGACUAAACGCAUCCAGCUCCCUCACCUUUUCCUCGUAAGGCUUGGUUUCCAGACCCUUGAUCAUCUUGGUUGCCCUCCUCUGUACACAUUCCAGCUUGUCAAGAUCCUUCUUAAACUGAGGCACCCAGAACUGCACACAGUUUUCUAGGUGUGGUAUGACCAAGGCAGAAUAGAGUACAGUGGUACCUCUGGUUGCGAAUGGGAUCCGUUCCGGAGGCCUGUUCGCAACCUGAAAAGAGCGCAACCAGAAGCGCUGUAUCUGCGCAGGUGUGCAGCAUGAUUUGGCGCUUCUGCGCUUCGUGAGUUAGCGCUUCUGCGCAAGCGGCAAAACCUGGAAGUAACCCUUUCCGGUACUUCCAGGUCCCCGCAGGACGCAAACUGAAAAGACGUAACCUGAAGCGUCCGUAACAUGAGGUAUGACUGUAGUACUAUGGCUUCGCUUGAUCUGGACACUAUACUUCUGUUGAUGCAGCCUAGAUUAGCAUUCACUUUCUUUUGCUGCUGCAUCGCACAUCAUCACACUGUUGACUCAUGUUAAGCAGAAGUCUUAUGCUAGCAGGAUCUUAUCAGAGGAAGUCAAAUAAGUGUAGGGAGGGGAGGAAGCAAAUCCUUGAAAGAUUCUCCUGUUCCCCCCAAGGCUUGCUCAUCCCUCCUAAUUGGUCUGGGGUCCCACUGAUUCUGCUAAGGCUAUAGGUUUGGCUAUAGUGCUCCUAUACCUAAGGCUAUGCUUAGAUGCCCAUUUGAAGGCAUGUUUAGCAGCUUCAGCUACUGUGCCAGUUUAUUGUUUAUUUCUUUCUUUAAAAAUAUGCUUUGCCUUUUUAAAAAAGAAAAAAAGCAUACUCAAGGAAGCUUGCCAUCAACUGUCUCGACAACAUUUGUUGAUGCAGCCUAGAAUAGCAUUAGCCUUUUUUGCUGCUGCAACACACUGUUGACGCAUAUUAAGCUUGCAGUCGACUAAGACCCCUAGUUCCUUUUCACAUACUACUGGCAGUCCAGGUGUGCCCCAUCUUAUAUUUGUGCAGCUGGUUCUUCCUGACUAAGUGUAGAACCUUGCAUUUGUCCCUAUUGAAAUUAAUUUUCUUAGUUUUGGGCCAGUUUUCCAAGGCAGUCAUCUCGCAGCUCAAGGCAGCUCUCACUUGUUGCUUAAAGGUAAAAGUAAAGGGACAGGUUCUGUACUUAGGGGUCUUAGUUGACCACAAGCUUAAUAUGCAUCAACAGUGUGUUGAUGCAGCAGCAAAAAAGGCUAAUGCAAACAUCCCCUAUAUAGCCAUAGGAAUCAUAGAAUCAUAGCUCUGAAGAGUUGGAAGGGACCACGAGUCACCUAAUCCAAGCCCCUGCAAUGCAGGAAGCUUUUGUCCAAAGCGGGGCUCGAACCCACAACUCUGAGAUUAACAGCUUCAUGUUCUCUGGACUGAGCUGCCCCAGCUGUAAAGGGGCGAAAGAACCAGCAAGGGGGGGGGAUGCACCUGUCCAAACACCGAGGAGGCGGGUCUUAUAGCGUCAGGCUUAAGAGAGUCUCUCAAUGAGGGUUUUUACCCCAGACGUUCGGUUCCCAAUUAACAGAACUUAACGUCCUCCAUAUGCGGGGCAGGAGGGCUGGAAGCACCUUUAACCUAGUGAAUAAACAAUGGGGUCCUUUAGCUGCCCAUUGUGUCGCGAGGCUUUUAAAUGCGCAAGGCUAGCUUUCCCUGCCCUUUGUUUGCAUGUGUGAGUGGAAAUUUGUUAUGACCCUCAUGGUCCCUUCCAGCUCCACAAUACUAUGAAUUUAUUAUCAGCAUAAUUUCAAAGCCCAAAAGGGAACUUUGUUCCACAGGAGCUUCUUCUCCUUUCCCCUCAUGCAACGGUGUCCGGGAGCAAAAAGAAGGCAGGGCUCCUGAGAAUACGAGAGUGCGAAUUCCUGUCACCCUCAUUCCCGGGUGUGGAAAAUGCUUGUCGCUAUUCUAUUCAAUAUGUUGUUGUUGUUGAGUCAUUUAGUCAUGUCCGACUCUUCGUGACCCCAUGGACCAGAGCACGCCAGGCACUCCUGCCUUCCACUGCCUCCCGCAGUUUGGUCAAACUCAUGUUGGUAGCUUCGAGAACACUGUCCAACCACCUCGUCCUCUGUCGUCCCCUUCUCCUUGUGCCCUCCAUCUUUCCCAACAUCAGGGUCUUUUCCAGGGAGUCUUCUCUUCUCAUGAGGUGGCCAAAGUAUUGGAGCCUCAGCUUCAGGAUCUGUCCUUCCAGUGAGCACUCAGGGCUGAUUUUCUUCAGCAUGGAUACGUUUGAUCUUCUUGAAGUCCAUGGGACUCUCAAGAGUCUCCUCCAGCACCACAAUUCAAAAGGAUCAAUUCUUUGGCAGUCAGCCUUCUUAAUGGUCCAGCUCUCACUUCCAUACAUCACUACUGGGAAAACCAUAGCUUUAACUAUACGGACCUUUGUUGGCAAAGUGAUGUCUCUGCUUUUUAAGAUGCUGUCUAGGUUUGUCAUUGCUUUUCUCCCAAGAAGCAGGCGUCUUUGAAUUUCACGACUACUGUCACCAUCUGCAGUGAUCAUGGAGCCCAAGAAAGUAAAAUCUCUCACUGCCUCCAUUUCUUCCCCUUCUAUUUGCCAGGAGGUGAUGGGACCAGUGGCCAUGAUCUUCGUUUUUUUGAUGUUGAACUUCAAUAUACAGUACUGUAAAACACUUGGAAACAACAACGACUGGAACUGGGGAGCUGGAAUUCUGUAGCGCACACGACUGGUUUUUGCCUGUACCUCUACGUCGGCUUUCCGUUUCCUCAUAGGAGCGCGUGAGAGAGAAUCUCUACCUCCGAAGGGCCGGCCGGCGCGCACGCGCAUUGGCCGGCCGCCCUCCCAUGCUCUGUGUUUACAUUCGAGGGCUGCCGGGCGGGCGAGGGGGCGAUACUUCCGGCCCUCAGGUGGCCGCGUGCCUUUCCCUUGACGUCUGAGGGUGAGUGGGUCGGUUUCACCUGUGGGUGCGGUGAGGUUGGGGGUGGGUCUCCUCCUGGCCCCGCGGCGGCGGCGGCGGGUUCUUCAGGCUGCUGUGCCGAAAUUGUGCCUCCGGUGCGCAGGGUUGGAUCCUGCUCGCGGGGGUUCCCAUGGCUACCUGGCUGGAUGCUGAGAGGGCAGGAUGGUGCGCUAGGUCAGCGUCCUUGCGCUCGUUUUCAAGAGCAGGGAAGAUUUCCAGGUGCACCGACCAUGGGCGUAGGCGGGGGGGGGGGGACAGGGAGGGGAGCUGCCCCCCUAAAAAUCAAUUAAAAAUCAAUAAAAAUACUUAACUAACGAGGUUCUGCCCCCCCAACAUAAAGCCUGCCCCCCUCCCCAACAAAAAUCCUGGCUACGCCCAUGGCACGGAAGGCUACUGGAUUGGAGGUUGGAAAUUUUGGGGGCUUACCAGGCACCCCCAAACUUGGCCCUCCAGCUGUUUUUGGACUACAGUUCCCAUCAUCCCUGACCACUGGUGCGGUUAGCUAGGGGUGAUGGGAGUUGUAGUCCCAAAACAGCUGGAGGGCCAAGUUUGGGGAUGCCUGGCUUAGCCCCUUCCUGUGCUUCCAUCAUAGCUGGUCUUGCUCAAAACAAGGCUUUGCAGCUUAAUUCCUAUGCUUUUGAUUCUGCGGUGGGGUGCUGUUGCCGCAGGGCACGAUCCAUCUAUGAGCACCCAUCAAGUUAAGAACAUGAUGGAACACAAGCCAAAGGAGAGCAAUCUCCCAGAAACAAGAGCUUCACAGACACUGCGCCUCAGUGUCUGCAGCUUUCAGAUACUGCUUGUCCAACGCUGCGCCCAAAUCGAACACAGCCUCUCCCGACUCGGAUGUUUUGCUCCUGAUCGCAUAAUAACCAGUUCUGUGUGGGUCGAGGGUUCAAAUCUAUAAUUCUGCCCGAAUGUACGUGGUAAUUUAGAUUUAGAUUUUCCCAUCGUAACAUUAUUGAAAACUGAUCACGCAUCUGAAAGUGCAAGGUUGAAAUAAUUUUGAUCGUCACAAUUGAUAAUUAAAACUUGUUAAGCAGAAUUAAGUUCAGGAACCAAAAAGUCAUAUUGGAAAAUACGAGUUUCAAGUCCUCUGGCCCCAAAAUGGCAACUGGGCAUUCCAUUUUGGCAACUGUAACCCUGGUUUAAGGAGCCAUUUGGUGCCUCGCUUAUAUAUCUGAGUUUGUGACACUGCUGUGUGUAAUGCAUAUUCUAUAUUAUCCUACAUAUGUCAUUUAUUUUUAUUAACCUCUUAGUUGAAAUUAUUUUUUCCCUUUUUUGUGUUCAGAUCAGUUGUGUAUACAGAUACAGAGACUCCUGUUUCAAGUUUUUCAGUAUGUUUAUAUUAUGGCUGUAGUCAUAUCAGUCUUGUUUCUUAGAAGUAAAUUCAGCUGAAAUUAGUUGAAGUUGCUCUCAGGUUGACUAAAUGCGUUGAGACAGUCAUAUGCUGUUGUUUAUAGUCAUGUGAUUGCUUGCAAUGUAGGUCAAAAUCAAUGCGAAAUAUGUUGAAAACAUGGAACUUGCAUUUCAUUACGGAACUUCCUCACUAUUGCAUGACUUCCUUCUUGGCUUUCAACACAAAGUCCACUGGAACUGCUUUGCUUGCGUGAGAAUAUGCCUUUGAAAAGCAUUGACAUUGAUUUCCUUCUGCUUUCCUCAAUGCUUCAUGCAUUUGUUGGUGUUAUAACAUGGAAACAUUAUUUAAAGUAGCAUUUUCGUUUUCUGUUAUGCUUUUUAUUUAUUGGCUGAUGUUGCUAUUAUAAAUUGAUGACUCUCAUCCUACCACCAAUUUCAUGUACAGUCAUACCUCAUGUUACGGCAGCUUCAGGUUUCGGGUUGCCGACCACAGGAAACCCGGAAGUACCAGAACGGGUUACUUCUGGGUUUCGCUGCAUGCGCAGAAGUGCUGAAUCGUGCUUCGCGCUUACGCAGAAGCGCCAAAUUGCACUGGCACCGGCGCAGACGCGGCGCUUCAGGAUGCGAACACUGCGGGUUGCGGACGUGCCUCCAUCACGGAUUACGUCCGCAACCCGAGGUUCCACUGUAUGAGCAGAAGCAUUGCAUGGUUUGUCUCAGAGUUAUUCUGCUAGCUGUGCAAUCAUCUCUCGGUAAGGCUUACUCCAAGUAAGUGUGGAUUCUUGGCCCUUAUAAAAAUGUUGAAAUGCUACUUUCUACAUAAGGAGUUAUAGUGGAGAUCAACUCUUCUUUUGUAUUACCACAAUCCUAAGCAUGUUUACUUGGAUGCACUUCCUACUGUUUCCGUAUUUAAUCUCCUAUUCUGAUACCGGUAUGUGAUGAUAUAGCAUCAAUUUCACUAGUGCUAAAUAUGGGAUGCUGGUGGCGCUGUGGGUUAAACCACAGAGCCUAGGACUUGCUGAUCAGAAGGUUGGCGGUUCGAACCCCCGCGACGGGGUGAGCUCCUGUUGCUCAGUCCCUGCUCCUGCCCACCUAGCAGUUCGAAAGCACGUCAAAGUGCAAGUAGAUAAAUAGGUACCGCUCCGGCAGGAAGGUAAACGGCAUUUCCGUGCACUGCUCUGGUUCGCCAGAAGCGGCUUCGUCAUGCUGGCCAUAUGACCCAGAAGCUGUAAGACCGGCUCCCUCGGCCAAUAAACUGAGAUGAGCACCGCAACCCCAGAGUCGGCCACGACUGGACCUAAUGGUCAGGGGUCCCUUUACCUUUAAAUAUGGUACCUCUGUUGUAUAUAUUACUGACAGAUGUUUUAUAUGAAUCCUGCUAUGCUCACUCUCUGCUUUGUUCAAACUCUAGGUUUUAGGUAUCGGUCAUGUGACAGUUGGGGUCGCCAUGUCUGCUCUGUGUCCUCCUCCUUCUCCUGCUGUUGCCAAGACUGAGAUUGCCUUGAGUGGAGAGUCCCCAUUGCUGGCUGCUACUUUUGCCUACUGGGACAAUAUUCUUGGUCCCAGGGUCAGGCACAUCUGGGCCCCCAAAACAGACCAGCAGCUUCUCAGUGAUGGAGAAAUAACAUUUCUUGCAAACCAUACUCUGAAUGGGGAAAUACUUCGUAAUGCAGAAAGUGGUGCAAUAGAUGUGAAGUUUUUUGUUUUGGCUGAGAAAGGAGUCAUUAUCGUGUCCUUAAUCUUUGAUGGGAAUUGGAACGGGGACAGAAGUACGUAUGGACUAUCGAUAAUCCUUCCGCAAAGUGAGCUUGGCUUCUACCUUCCCCUUCACAGAGUAUGUGUCGACAGACUGACACAUAUUAUAAGAAAAGGACGGAUAUGGAUGCAUAAGGUAGGAUACUUCUUCAUGGUAACCACUUUUAAGUCUGGAGCCUUGUGAUUAGCUAAGCAUAAUACUUGCCAGAUGGUGAUCUAGCCAAAUAAAUUCAAAAUCUUCCUUCUCCUGCUCUUGACUUUGGGAGCCCUGACACUCUCAUCCAUGCCUACACAAGAGUAAGCCUUUUCCUUGCACACACAAAGCUUCUUUGUCCUAUCUGCGAGGUGCAAUUCCCAUGGAACUUUAACAAGACCUACAACAACACAAGAACAAUCUUCAUUUUUUUAUAGUGUGUUAUUUUUACUUAGUAAAAUACCUGUACGACUUUUCCAUACGCUGCUCAAGACUUUGAUGCCCAUGUGUAUUUCUUUAUUUCAGUUAUUUAAAUAGUUAUCAACCACACUUUCAUGGAAAAAUAACAAGGUGGUCUAUUCUCAUGCACCCUUCUUGAUCAUUGCCUGCAAAAGAAAUACACAGUGCACAAGGCUUUACUUUGAAAAAUAUCCAGGGCAUUGGUCUUUCCAAGAAGUAUACAGUGGUGCCCUGCAAGACGAAUGCCUCGCAAGACGGAAAACUCGCUAGACGAAAGAGUUUUCCGUUUUGGAGGUGCCUCGCAAAACGAAUCUGCUAUGGGCUUGCUUCGCAAGACGAAAAUGUCUUGCAAGUUACUGGGUUUUUUUCCCCCUUUUCACCCUCUUUUUCUAAGUCGCUAAGCCGCUUAUCUGCUUAUCCGAUAAGCUGAUAAGCUGCUAAAAGCCGCUAAAAGCCGCUAAAAGCCGCUAAUAGCGCUAAUCCGCUAAUCCGUCAAUGGGCUUGCUUCGCAAGACGAAAAAACCGCUAGACGAAGAGACUCCCAGAACGGAUUAUUUUCGUCUUGCGAGGCACCACUGUAAUCUUUCCAGUUCAUUUUAGAAUGGGACACUUGAGCUUUUUAUUGGAAGAAUCUUAUGAUCUGAAGUGCAGCUGUGUGGAAGUAAGUCACUCAAAUCAGACGUUUUUCUCUUUUUUGUUUGUUGGACCCUACUCAACUACAGAGCUGCUCAAGGCAGCAUACAUAUGUGGUGGUAUUAUCCCAUUUUACCUCACAAGAACUCAAUGGACUAGGCUAGGCUGAAAUCAUCUGGGGAGACUGAGGCUGCCCACUGAGAUCAUGGCUGAACACAGAUCUUCUUUUAGCCUGUUUAGAAUUGAAUGUGAUUUUGUUUUGACUAAGAUACUGCAGCUUAGUUGUGUUGUUGUGAAUCUGAUGUCUUGUUAUAGAUCGCUGGCUGUACGGUGUAUGGGUUAAAACAUGUACACAUAUGUACUAGAACCUUUCUUUUAAAAAUAACAAUUUCCCCCCAUGCCUAGGAAAGGCAAGAACACAUUCAGAAGGCUGUCCUGGAGGGCACAGAGAGAAUGGAAGACCAGGUAAGAAUGAUGAAAGCGGAGAGACUCUGCGCACAUUUCAAUAUUGGCACUUCAUGUCCCAUCAAUUUCAAGUGGAAGGAUUACAAGUGUUCUUGCUCCUUUCCCAUUCAUCUGUAGAAGCUGCUACUGCGGGUUCCUCUGGGUAUUGUGAACGUUUUCUAUAAAAGAAUGAUUUCCAUGAAGAUGGAAUAGAAACACUGAGCAAACUGAAAAACAUAUGCCAACUCCAUGCCAUUGUGGAGCGAAGUAGAAUUCUGAGUGGUAUUUUAUUCUCUUUGUACACAGGCCAUCUAAAUGAAGAGUGUUUUUUUUUAAAAGUGGUGACUUCUUCAGUUUAUUUGUACCAUCAACCUCUUGUCAAAACAGAAGAUCUUACUAGAUCAUUGGUUUAUCAGGCAAAAGAACUGGCAGUGCAUGUGUUUUGGGUUGCAGCUGGCUGGGAGAGGGUUUAUUAUACAGCAGGGUUGGGGAACAUCAAGCCCAGAAACCAAAUGUGGUCCUCCAGGCAUCUUUGUCUAGCCCUUGGGACUUUCUCCAACCACCACCCCUCCCCAACUCACACUUCUCACUGGCUGUGCUUCACACCCUCCUAAAAUGCUUUUGCCUGGCUGGAAUAUUUCCUUGAAUUCUGAUGGCACCUUUCUGUUGCCUUCAUGGAGGAUAGAAGGGUAUGUGUGAAUGUGUACAGAAACGAGCUUGAACAAAGGUAACAUUUACUGUCACUGUUCCACCCACAUUUGCCUCUGGCUGCACCCACCACGGGGAUAUGGCCCCCAAAAAGUUGUUCAGUAGGGAAUGUGGCCCUCGGGUCAAAAAAGGUUCCCCAUCCCUGUUGUAGAUGACUUUAGGGAAACGGUUCUUAACAAGGAAUGAAACCACAAGUAUUUUCUCUUUAUCAACUCUAGCAAUACAUUAACUUAUUCAUUUUUCUCUGUCCUAUAUCUGCCCAGGCUCUUGAAUUUUAUUUAACCAAGUAGUCUAGCACAAGAGCUUAGAAACUCAGUUUUAAAAUUGCAUUCAGUUCAAAAAUUAUAUCCAUGGUUUACUAGGUAAUUUUUCUGUUAGGUUGGAACAAAUCUGGAAAAUAAAGCAUUGAAUCAAACUUAAGUUAUAUUCUAAGCAGACUCAUUAAAAUCAAUGGGUUCAACUAACUGACUUGACCCACUGGAGCAGAUUUUGGGGACGUGGGAAGAUAUUGGGUUGGGUGGAAGGUGAAGUCCUGUCACACAAGCAGAUGUCUACUUACAUAACAUUGGAUUGUUUUACUAGUUUAUUGUUAUUCUUUCCUCUCGAAAAAAUGUUCACCCUAUUCAGGUUCUGUUCUUUAAGUACACACUCUGCUUUUUAUUUCACAAAACAUUAUUUAUUGCACAGGGCCAGAGCAUCAUUCCAAUGCUGACAGGGGAAGUUAUUCCUGUAAUGGAGCUCCUUUCAUCUAUGAAAUCACACAGCGUGCCAGAAGAAAUAGAUGUAAGUCUUACUGUUAGCUGCUUCAUGAAAAGAAGCAGCUCUUCCCCUUUCUUUGAAGUGCCUUUAAUAAAAAGAAUUUCAGCUCAUUAGUCAAUGGAUUUCUAGCUUUGGGGGGUUUUUUUGGCCAGUACAGUACAGAAUUUAUACCAGGGUACAUUUAUUUGUAUGCCAACCUUUCAAGAGUUAAAAGCUUGCUUAAGACUACUUACAACAUGAAAAAAUACAUAAUUAACAAAAGUAGUCUUAAACAAAAACAUUGAGAAGCACACAAUCAAAUUGAACUAUAAAUCAUAGUAAGAUCCAUAAUAAAGAUACCAAAUAUUAAAAUCAAUAACAGCAACAGCAACGCCCCCCCCCCGCAAACCUCUAAACAACACCCCAGCUCAAGAAUCUGUUCAGCAUUCUCAGCUUUUGUAGCUGGAGUCAGUCCAGGCCCUGCAAGGCAAACAGCAGAUCUUCCAGGACCUGCAGCCAAGGGCACAUCUCACAGACAUCACAGCACUUUUUAAACUCUACUGGACUAAAUUGCAUGUGGUCUGGUCUGUACGUAGCUCUUUAAAGUGCAAAAAAUUAUCACAAUUGUGAUUCAUUCCACAGGUGUUUUUUAAAAAAUCUAGGGAGAGUUCAAAGGUAGGAUCUUUUUAGAUCCUAGGCAUUCUUUUACUGGAUCAUUAAUGCAUCAGCAAAACAAAUAUACUGAUACAGCGGUGGGUGUGGAGCUUGUAAAGCUGGCGGUGGGGGAUUGUACAGGCAAAGCAAUGAACAUUUAGUUCCAAAGUCACUCUCUUCCUUGCUUGAAUUGUGAGAAAGGAUUGGCGCUUGUGUCCACGCAGGACCCUGGAUGAUAAAGGUCCUUUGGAAUAAGAUGUAGGAUAGAAAAUAAAUGAAUAAAUGAAAUGUAUUAAAAUUCUGACUUCGUCUACCUCCUUAUUUUGUAUAAAUCUCAGUAUUUUUUUUGCAUUAAAAUAGGAUCGGUUCCUGGGCUGUUUGUGAUUUGUAGCGUAUACACCAUGACUAAUCUUCCUCAUUGUGCUUUUAUCACAUUCCAGAUAAGUGACACGGUGCUUAGCGAUGAUGACAUUGGAGACAGCUGUCACGAAGGUUUCCUUCUUAAGUAUGAUCAUUUGCUUUUGGGAAAGUACUUACUUCUAAAGCAGAGAUUUGGGGAAAGAGGGAGGCGAUUGGUGACUGGAUGAGUGGGAAAGAAAAAAUCGUUUUUAUUUUUUGGUAGGUUUUUUGCCUAUAAGUAAGCCUCUUUUCAGGGACGCAUGUGGCACUGUGGUCUAAACCACAGAGCCUAAGGCUUGCCGAUCAGAAGGUUGGCGGUUCGAAUCCCCGCGACGGGUUCAGCUCCCGUUGUUCGGUCCCUGCUCCUGCCAACCUAGCAGUUCAAAAGCACGUCAAAGUGCAAGUAGAUAAAUAGGUACCGCUCCGGCGGGAAGGUAAACGGCAUUUCCGUGCGCUGCUCUGGUUCACCAGAAGUGGCUUAGUCAUGCUGGCCACAUGACCUGGAAGCUGUCUGCGGACAAACGCUGGCUCCCUCGGCCUAUAGAGCGAGAUGAGCACACAACCCCAGAGUCAGUCACGACUCCUAUCCUAUAAUGAUUACUGCAGAGUAAAACAAGAUGUUCACAUAGGAGUUUAAGGCAAUUCAUACACUUACACAAAAAUGUGAGUAGCUAUUAAAUGGUAUCCUUUAAUUUUGUUUUGUUUUGCAAAUUUUGUCUGAAGUCUAGAUUUGUAGUAAUUUAAUUUCAGGUGGCUGAACUAACCAUAUAGUUCUGGCCCUUGGUGUUUGAUUUUAGUACAGACUACACACCACAUUUGGAAACGUUAGUAUCAUUGACAAUAAAACGCUUUGCAAAGUCUUUUUAGCUGCUGCAUGUAAGCUUAUUGUGAAGUAUUUCAUAUUAUUUUGUAUGCCUCUCUUUUCAAUUUGCAGAGCCAUCAGUUCACACUUGCAGACCUGUGGCUGCUCGGUAGUUAUAGGAAGCAGUGCAGAAAAAGUUAAUAAAGUAAGCACCUCCUAUCUUAUAAAGGUUAGAUUACCAGGCAGAACAAUAUGCUGCCAGAAAUCAUAGGCGUUAGUCCUUUGAUUUUAUAUACAGUAUUACCUGUAAAGGGCGGGGGGAGGGAUUAUUCUAGCAACAAAAUAUGAAGCUUGUGUACUUAGAAAAUGACAAUAUAACUGGCAAACAGUCAUUUGGGUUCCUGUAAUUGGCAAGUAGCAACUACCCAGUUACUAUAUCAUAUAACAAUUUUCAUUUGCAAGUUUUCUCUUUGCUAAAUUUCACUGCCUAUAUAAGUAUUUUUACAGUAUUUUUGUAUUACAGAUAGUACGGACGCUGUGCCUCUUUCUUACUUCAGCAGAGCGAAAGUGUUCUAGGCUGUGUAGAAAUGAAACUUCCUUUAAGUAUGAAUCGGGGCUUUUUGUGCAAGGAUUACUGAAGGUGAGGUCUGAUUUGCUCAACUACAUUUUGUCAGGAGCCAGUAACUUUAGUCAUUCGUUUUCUAAUCAAAUGAAGUAUUAUUGUGCUUAGAUUAAUCAAUUAUUUAUUUUGUUAGCAUCUUUAUUAAUGUCCUUUAAAAUUAAAAUACAGGUUUCUGGUAGGUUUUUCCUUUAAGUGAGGAGGUUGGAAGCAUUUAUCCAGCAGGACAAAGGAAGCAUAGAUUAAACUGCUAAUUUGCAUUAACACAACUACUAUUUUUUAAGGGAAAUGUACUUUCCUGUCUGUUCUUCUCUUGCUAUGAAGUAUAAAGAUAAAUCAACAUCUUUCCUUUUCUUCUCACACCUAAAUGUGUCACAUAGUGGAAACUGGAGAAAUCUUUUUCUGAAAGUGAUACUGGUAAUUCAGUAGAAAUGUUUAAUGUUAAAAAAUAGGUUGGAGUUUUUUUAUUAAAAAAAAUGGCAGUCCAAACUGGACCUUUAAAACUUUAAAAAACUUAAAAAGCAAUAAUUGCCCAAAAAAACCAUCCCCAGGGUGGAGGAAAGAAAACUGGUAACAAUAGUGAACAAAACUACAAACUGCAGUUGUGUUUCCCGCUCUAACACAGUCAUAAAUUUCAUUUAUGAAUCACUUCUCAGUAGGCAUUGUGAAGUGAAUUACAGUAUAACAUAUAUAAAAGCAGCUAAAGUAAUUGCAAACACAAAAAAUUCAUUGAUUUCAGUGGAAUACUUCCUUCUGAGUUUUCUAUAAGGGCACUCGCUAUCCAUAAUCUGGAGUCCCCUGUGCAUUCGUGGAGCUUCUGUGCAUGUUUACUCGUAAGUAAGCCCAAAUGUAAGGCUUUAACAGAGUCUACUUUCUGAAUGGAGAACAUUCAAACUCUUAUAAUUCAAACCGUAGCAAGUUUAUUCGUGUGUUAGCCCCACUAAGCUCAAUUAAGCUUUUGUCCACAGACAUCAAGGCAGAAAUCCUAAACCUGCACCCAAGGGAUUAAGUAGCUCAGUUGGUUAGAGCAUGGCGCUGGUAAUGCCAAGGUUGCAAGUUCGAUCCCUGUAUGGGACAACUGCGUAUUCCUGCAUUGCAGGGGGUUGGACUUGAUGAUCCUCAGGGUCCCUUCCAAUGCUACAAUUCCAAGAUUCCUACUGAAUUUGUUGGGACUGUGUAUGUGCUAAGAAUUGAAUUGUAAGGUGCUGAGUGCUGUCCAUACAGAACACAUCCUCAGUGUGACAUAUGUAUAUAUCUGUAUGUGUGUGUGUGUGUGUGUGUGUGUGAGAGAGAGAGAGAGAGAGAGAGAGAGAGAGAGAAUUGUUUAAUUUAUUGCCAUAUUGUAACAAUAAAUCAAAAUGUUUCAAAUUGUAAUCUGGUAGUGCCUUAUAGUUUUUGAUUCCUCUGACUUUUUCUUUAGUAACUGGACUAAUUGUUUUCACUGUGACAGGAUGGCACUGGAAGUUUUACGUUGCCUUUCCGUCAAGUGAUGUAUGCUCCGUAUCCUACCACUCACAUUGAUGUAGAUAUCAACACCGUGAAACAGAUGCCUCCUUGCCACGAACAUAUCUAUAACCAGCGGCGGUACAUGAGAUCAGAGCUAACAGCUUUCUGGAGAGCAACUUCAGAUGAAGAGAUGGCUCAGGAUACCAUUAUCCAUACAGACGAGAGCUUCACCCCUGAUCUGUAUGUGUUCCUGUAGAGUCGCAGAAUUUCAGAUUUUGACACCUAUCAUGGUUUAAAUGCAGUGUCUAGAUAACGUUUCGGUUCCGUUUUGCCAUCCAGGCAAAAUUUCUGCCCUGAAAUUAGGACCAAAUUACCCAAGCAAUAUUGAAAGCCGGCAGUCAUUUUUUCCCAUUUUGCACGGGUGAGAUUCUACCUUUUGAAUGCGGAGUCUUUUGUUCUCCCCCAAGAAUUGUAAAGCAACUGAGCACUUGUUCCCUAUGAGUUUCUUAGGAUGCUUCCGCAGCUAUGAGAAUUUUAUUUCUGUCUCCACCCAACACUCUUCUGAGAUGCCAUACUUUGGGAGGCUAACGGCAUGAGAAGUAGGAUCACCAAAGUGGUUAUCCUCUACAAGAUUUGGAAGCUUCUUAGCUUUUUUCAUAAACUAGCAGCAAGAAGUGAUCAGGUAGACUUGUCGCACAAUUCAUUCAACACUCGGGUCCAGUUUAUCCAUGCAUGUAUAUGGGAUGGCUCCACUGAAAAACACAGGGCUAGAUUCAACUAACCAGGUACACUAGCGAAAGCCUGUGCAAGGUCUCCUGCUAGCACACUGGGGCUUUCCCCCACCUCUGCCCCCCUGUGCCUCUCCCAAAUCUGCUCAGGAGGAUCUGGAGAACCCCCAGUGGCAGAGGAGAGGGUUCCAUAUAGCAAGCAGAAAUGCUUGCACUGAUGGAACGAUUGCCUUAGCGUGACACUGAGUUCCAACCAUGGUGUUUGAGAUGUUGGGAGAAGAAGUUCUCUGGUAUUCGGUCUGUGAUAGCUCAUUCAUAAACACAAAUUAGCACUUGAGGCUGCAGUAAUCAAGUCAUGAGCCGGUCUUCGUCAUGGGUUAUCCUUUAAUUACAAUUGGCACAGUUUAGUCUCAUUUUGUAUACAAAGUAUUGUGCGCUUCUAUAAAAGUAUUUAUAUAGAAGAGUUUGCCUGCUAUUUUUGCGUGAUUUUUUUUUUACUAGCCCCACUUUAUAUUUUAGAUCACAUAUAAGAACAGUGGGACUUCUGUGUUUUCGAAUGCUGUAAGGAAUUAUCGAUUACAGAUACCGAAUGGUACUUCAACUUUGCAUUGUGUAUGAAACUCAGCCUAUUACUGCCUGCUUCCUCUGUAUUUUUACAGGAACGUUUUCCAAGAUGUCCUUCACCAAGACACUUUAGUAAAAGCCUUUCUGGAUCAGGUAACUGUUCAUUCUAAUGAGUUAAAACUGAUGAGCGAUAUAUCACCUAUUUUAAUUUUUUUAAUGAGUUCCUUUUGUGUAGUUGUAGCCUUAAAAAACACCACUCCAGUGGUUCCAUUCUGUAGUAUUUUAAAGCGUGAUUUCAAAGAAGAUGCUCUAAUCUAAUACUAAUGAGAUUAAUUACCUACUGCCUGCCUUUUCUCUGUAUUUGCACUCUAAAGUCAAGUCAUGUGGCAAUACUGGGAAAGUGCAGGAAAGCUUCAAAUAUAGUUAAGGGAUGUAGGAAUAACAUGUCUUUGUUCCGUACGCAUUUAGCGUUUAGCAGAUUAAUUGUAGUUGUAAUUGUAGUAGCAUCAGCAGUUAACAAACCACUGACUUCAGUGAAAUCUCUGAAGUUAAUUAUGGGACUUGGGCCAAAAAUUCACUCAAAUAUUUUAUGUUUAUUGUUGAUACAUAAAUACGUGCAUCUGCAUAAUCUCUUUCUUUGCAAAAGCUGGUUCCCAGCAUUGCCAAACACAAACACAGCAGAACUACAAACAUGAGCAAAUUUGGUUCUCAAUGGCUGAAAUUACUAGGGAAGGAAGCAGGUUUAAUCCUCGCUCAAAUGUGUUUCCUUUUACAUUUGCUAUAAGUUGUUGCUGUCAUUUACCUCCUACAGGUAAAAGUAAAACACUGCACUUGAGAGUGGCUGUUGCAGCAAGAACGAACCACCUCUCCACUCUUUAUUUUUAUUUACAGAAAUCCUAUCCCACUCAGCAUAUAAAUAUCAGGAAUAUAAGAAAACCAGUAUGAUUUUCUAAAACUUGGCCAUUCACAAAACGAAACACUACAAUAGAAAAUUUCAGUAUGAAAUGCAAUCAAAAAAUUCAGCAAGGCACAUAGCUGGGUCACAGUGCAGGGAAAGCUUGUGUAAAUAAACCCUUCUUGAGCAAGGGCCGAAAACAGUACUGUUGGUGCCUGCUUGAUAUCCAAAGGGAGUAAGUAAAUGCCAUAAACUAGCUGCAGCAGUGCUUAAAGCCCUGCUCCAAAUGGCUAGGAAGUGAACCUAAGGAGUAUAUGGAGUAGCCAAAAGUGCAUCUCCUGAAGACAGUAGUAGCCAGGUAAGUGCAUAAGAGAACAGGCAGUCCCUCAAGUAAGCUGGUCCCAAACUGUUUAGAGCUUUGUAUACCAUUAGCAAAACCUUAAAUGUGGCCCAGCAGCAUACUGGCAGACAGUGCUGUUUCUUCAGAAACUAUGGGUAGCCUGCCCUUACCAAUGGUUCCUACAGAAGUGCAUAAUGUGUGCAUGCAGAGCAUUGAGAUGCACUGCACCCUGCCCCGCCCACCGAGUUCCUGCAAGAUCCACGCUUGUCCUCUGUGUAACCAACUCCUAUCAUAAUGUAUAUUUUACUAGUCUAUAAGAGAAGGCAGUGUAUGGGGUGAGCCAUGCGGGAGAAUGCCACUAAACAGAACCCUUUCCCCUCUUAAUGUAAUGUGUACUGAUCUUUUAUGUGGCAAUUCUUAACAGGUCUUUCAUUUGAAACCGGGAUUGUCCCUGAGGCGUGUGUUCCUCGCACAGUUCUUGUUAAUCCUUCACCGAAAAGCCUUAACCCUAAUCAAAUAUAUAGAAGACGAUACGUAAGUAUAAAGCUAAAGGGAGCAGUGUGUUUUCUUGGCCCAGUUUUCGCUGAAAUUAUUCCGUUUAACCACACUUUCCCCUUACCAUCCCACAGGCAAAAAGGCAAGAAGCCUUUUAAAUCGCUCCGUAGCUUGAAGAUAGACCUGGACUUGAGGGCAGAGGGUGACCUUAACAUAAUAAUGGCCUUAGCUGAGAAGAUCAAGCCCGGAUUGCAUUCAUUUCUGUUUGGCCGCUCUUUCUACACUAGCGUGCAAGAGCACGACGUUCUAAUGACUUUUUAAAGGUUUAUUUAUUUUUAUGUGCGUUGGUAUCUCUUCACAAUGCUUCUCAAAGGUAUUGUUUAAAGGGAAUAUAGCGUUUCUCUUCACAAACACGUGCUGUGGUCCGGUGCAACAGAAGGUGUGGUUUACACUACAACAGUCGUCUUCCCCAGCCCAGUGCCCUUCAGCUGUUGUUGCUGGACUCAGACUGCCAUCAGUCCCACCCAACAUGGCCUGUGGUCAGGGAUGAUGGGAGUUGUAGUCUGCCAAUGUUUGGAGGGUAUCACUGCAGGAAAAGUCAGAGAGGGUGCUGUUUAGACCUGCGCAGCCCAGGUAGGGUGGUUUCUUACUUGCCUUCUGAGCACCAUGUGCCACUGCUGAUUCCUGAGAGGGGAAGGAAGAAGGCGCAGGAAGCUCAAUGUGGUUCGGGUUUGGUAGUAGGAGUGCUGGGUUGGCUCUGCCACCAUGCUACUUUGGUCCCCGUGCCUCUCCCUCUCGGGAGCUGGCAACAACAUUCUGUGUUUGGAAAGCAGGAGAACAGCCCUUUGCCACCCCACCAGUUGCUACUGGAAUCGAGUCAGUUCAACUUAGGCAUGCAUCAGAUGUUCCAUUUUGAUUACAGGGAGAGUAAACAUUGGUGUGGUUUGUUUAAAGGUUAACUUAAUGGCAUUUUCGAAACCACAAAGUUGAGGACAACUUUUAAUGGGUUUUUAAGAGGAUAUUGGUUUAUAAUUUUUCUUUGUGUGUGUGGUAUUGGGAGACAUGUUCCAUUUCCUCCUUUCCGUUCAGGGACUGUUGAUUGCAAAACAAAUGGUCAAACGUAAUUUUAGGACUAUCGCUUCCAGUGUGUUUGGUAAUAUGAACAGUGCCAUCUGCUUUUUCUCCCUGCCCCCCCCUUACAUAUCCUUCAAAAGCCAGCAGAAACUUGCAGUGACAUCUUAAGCACUUCAACACAGGAAUGGAACAGGCAAUGAGGCAGUACUUUUAGAUGGUGUCAUCAAAAGUGCCAAGCAAGACUAUUCUGUUGCUAAUUAUGUCACCCAUCAUGCAUGUUGCACUGUGUUUUGUCAGACAUGGUUGCAAGUCAAACAGAGUGCAAAUUAGGAAAGGUAUGUUUUAUGCUGAUAGGAGCAAUUGCCAAGCUCUUUCUGAUGAGCUACUGAGUGAAAGCCAUAUAAAAAUCUCCUGGAUCUCCAGUGCUUCUGAGCAGUUUGGGGCGAGGGGACUGGUUAGAGACAAACUUAGUUGGUACCACAACUGAAAUAAGGGUAGUAGUGGCAAACUUCUACUUUUCCUCUUCAACUCUAGCAUAUUUACCUCUCACCUCUCAGCUUCUUCUAAAUCGAACAAAGAUAAACAUGUAUUUGCCUGUUUUCCACUGCCUUUCAUACCUGUAUAAUAUGGAAUAUUUAUAAUGGCUUUAAUGUACAUGUUUUGCAAAAUGCAAAGAGCUGCCAUAAAAGUGCAUGUCAUGUACUUUAAAAGGUUUUUAAUGCAUGCUGCUGUUUUAUAAUUUCAUUUUUUAAUUGUUUGCUAGGUUGGGGUUGUUCCAAUACGCUAAUACGUUUCUUUAAGUGCAAUAUUUUGUGUUCAUGAUUAGGGAAAAUUUACUGUCAGAAAGACAUCUCUAGGCUGUUAUUGAGCAUUCCUUAUUAUGAAUUCUUAUUUUCUUGGAAACCUGUUCUCCCUUCUCAUCUGAUGGCUGUUGCCCACAUGUGAUGGCUCAGAUGAAGGGUAUCCAAUUUAACUUUUGCAUCUUGGGAAGUUGUGAUUGCCAAACUUUCCCCUGUAGUAAAAUGAGCAAGGUGCAGUAUCUUAUGUGAAGCUAACUGCAUACAACAGACUGUCACCCAUCAUUGGCUUAUCACAGCCAGUAAUUUAAUUUGUAAAGAUGUGAAGUUGCCAUGUCAAAAGACUAAAUAAUAUUGUGGAGGUAUGGGGCCUGACAAAGCAGCUUCUGCUCUUUGGGACGACUGGGAUGAGGGCAGUAGAAGCUAGGCAGGAAUGAGAAAUGCCUCUUAGCUUAGCUCAGUGUAGGUAGCAUCCCAGUGAAAGGCCUGAGCACAACUCUGGUAGCCUGUCAAUAGCUCUACUCUUGAGAUUAAAAGUCCUGUGCAGCCAUAACAAGAAGACAGACAACUGACAUUUUCCUGUCUUAGGGUUAGUGAUAAAUUUAGAGGGAAUACUGUCAGACCGUGAAGAUAAUUGUGUUCUUUUCCAUAACUUAUUUUACAGAGUAAUAGUCCUAGGUGUUGGUUUAAAAGCAGCUUAAAAGAUUUGAAACUAAUAUAGCAUCCAUUUACCUGGGAUUUUCUGUAUUUUCAUGCUGCUACGUCUGUGGAUUGCAAGGUGCUUGAAAAAUUUCAAUAGGAGAAUUAUUGCUGAUAUAAUCUAGUAAUGGGACAAAUUCCAUUUGCCAUUUUAAAAAAUACAUACUAGGGAUAGCAAGCUAUAUUUUAAUGUUGUUGUUGAAGUGGCUUUAGAGUUCUGAUGAAUAAAUACAGGAGAUAUUGCCACACAGAGAACCCAUUAUUGAACCAUAUGCCUAAUUGUAGAUCGAUGCAUUUUUGGCAAAUAAAACUGGCACUACCAAAAUGAAAUCUCUGUUGCCUGAAAUAUAUCCUAGUGUCACAUUUUCACUAUGAAAUGUCUAAAUGCUAGUAAUUUGCUCUGAUUUUUUGGUGCACUUUUCCCAUGCAUGUACUGUACAUUAUAAUAAAACGGAUAAAUACCUCCAUAUUUUGUGUUGCACAUCUUAUUGCUCAGGGUAAGAUUAGGCUAUUGAAAGCAAUAUUGCAAGAAGAUUCAUGUACCAAAAGGUCUUGGCUGCAGUACGCAUCGCCUCAGACAGCAUCACUAUACUUUCUUCCGCACCUGUGUCACAUCACCAUCCAUAGGGACGUAAUUGCCAUGCAAAACAGCAUCAGUUCCUCCCUUUAGCUAAUUUACUGGUCCAAGUAUUUGUUUCUUAUAACAUUAGUGCAACUUGCUUUCUCUAGGCUGCAAGUUUGUGCCAUUUCCAAACUACUGUAUUGGUACUGGGAUUUGACCAGAAAACAGCAACCCUGUCAAAUAUACAGCUUCUUGAACAUUGAGGGCAGCCGGGGACAGUGUGGAAUAAAUAAAAUGUGCGUGGAUUUUUAUUUUUUUUAAUGGAUUAAUAUUAUUUCUAAUUGUUUCUAAUAUGCAUUUUUUAAAAACCGUUGUACUUUAAGUGAUCGCACGUGAUGUGAACCACUUUGGGCACAAUUUUGUGGAAAAGUGGCAUACAAAUAAGCAGGUGAUGAUGAUAUUGCUGGAGCAAGUCCUCUUUUUUAAAACUAAGAACUACUUUUGAAACUGCUCUGUUCUUUUAAAUAAAAAACCAUCACCGCCAUCCUGAUGGGAGCGAAGACACAAUGUAAGGUCGGGCAGAAUGCUGCAAAAAAAAGAGGGAGACCCCUGCGGGUGAAAACACGCCUGCGCAGUAGAGGCCAGCGAACGGACCCAGCGGAAUCCCCAAGGAAUAAAGAGAAAGGCACGCAUGCGCCCCACAAUAGGCGGGUUCUGGGUAGUUUUGUUGAGGUAUCGAGGCGUGCGGGGGAAGAGACUGGCCAAGAGAGUGGGUUGGAAUGCGCGCGCAUUCGCUCUCAUAGUCCCGCCCGUUCUGCGCAGGCGCCCCAACCUAGUUGCAACCACGUGAUUGGGAAUAGUUGUUCCUCCUCCUCUCUCGCCCCCCCUCCUCCUCCCCACCCCCCGUCUUCUUACUUGCAGGCCGUUGGAGGAAGGAGAAAUUUUAGGCGGGAAAAGCUGCGCCUCCUGCCUCGCGCCCCCGCGGCCUACCGCGCGCCGGGAAGCGCCAGGCGACGGCGGAGGCGAGUGAGUGGCUUUUGCUCUUCUUCGCGGUUCGCUGAGGCAGCAGGGUCCGGGCGGGGCGGGGCGGGGAAGCGGGGCGAGAGGGAGCUGGACGGGGGUGAAGCCCCUCGAGGGAGGAGUGGAGGCGGGGGGAUGGGAGAGGCCUCUGGCGGCAGAGCCCCAGGCGGGAAGCUGAGGGGAAAGAGGUUUGACAGAGCCGCGCAUCCUGCCAGGGCCCCUUCAGCGUUUCCUCCCUGGCACUUUCCUCCCUCCACCGACAUCCCCGCCUCUCUUUUCAUCUCUCUUCGUAUAUUAUAUAAUGCAGUGACUCCACAGAGCCACGAAUAAACAAUGAUCGGCGUUUGUAUAACGUGAUUUUUUUAUUCAAAGCGUUUCGGGCACAAUUAAUCCGUCUCACAGCAGUUUAAUGGGUGAGCUGUGAACUGAUGGUAGUUUUGGUGUGGCUUGCAAAUGUAAAAUCCAGGUGGAGAAAGACAAGGCAGGGGUGUGAACUUAAAAUAAAAUAUUGGGGAUGGGGGGCUAGGUAAGCCUUGCCCAGCAUGACGAGAUGUGCCAAAUGCACACCAUUUGAAUGGCAAUGCCCAUCAACGCUGGAGGCACCUGGCCCCCUCAAAUGUUUUAUUGGAGGGGGCUUAAGGGACCUCAGCCCCCAGUACAGUGGUACCUUGGGUUAAGUACUUAAUUCGUUCCGGCAGUCCGUACUUAACCUGAAACUGUUUUUAACUUGAAGCACCACUUUAGCUAAUGGGCCUGGCACAGCCACGCGAUUUCUGUUCUCAUCCUGAAGCAAAGUUCUUAACCUGGGGUAAUAUUUCUGGGUUAGCAGAGUCUGUAACCUGAAGCGUAUGUAACCUGAGGUACCACUGUAGUUGGCUCCUACCAUCACAGGGAUGCGGGUGGCGCUGUGGUCUAAGCCACAGACCUUGGGCUUGCUGAUCAGAAGGUCGGCGGUUUGAAUCCCUGUGACGGGGUGAGCUCCCGUUGCUCGGUCCCUGCUCCUGCCCACCUAGCAGUUCGAAAGCAUGUCAAAGUGCAAGUAGAUGAAUAGGUCCGGCAGGAAGGUAAACGGCGUCUCCGUGCACUGCUCUGGUUCUCCAGAAGCGGCUUAGUCAUGCUGGCCGCAUGACCCAGAAGCUGUCUGCGGACAAAUGCCGGCUCCCUCGGCCUGUAAAGCGAGAUGAGCGCGCAAACCCAGAGUCGUCUGUGACUGGACCUAAUGGUCAGGGGUACCUUUACCUUUACCUUUACCAUCACAGAAUUGUAGAGUUGGAAGGGGUUCCCGCGAGUCAUCUAGUCCAAUCGUUUUAGAAGGGACACAGCUAUAAGGGUUACUGUGAGUGUCUGCACUUCAGAAUUUACCAGUACACUGGAAGUUUAAACUGUUCUUAAAAACACCCAGCUUUUCCCAAGUGUCCAAAUUGGUUUACACCACCAUGUGAGAAGGUGAUUUCUAGUGUGCACCUGUGGAAAUAUAUUGGGAAAUUGAAUAUUUUUUAUUAGAUUGUUAUCCUCCAAUUGAAGGCAAGGUGUCCAAACAACAUCAAAGUUAAAAUGCAAACAUUUUAACAGUUAAAAUGCAUUUCAGUAGUAUGAGAAAUCAAGAUAUACCGUCUAAUGCACCAUCAAAUCUAAUGCACACCUCAAUUUUCAGAACCGUGAAACCAAAAAAAGUAUUUGCUGGCGAAUGUAAAUGUGCCAUUGAAUCUAACGCACACCUUAAUUUUUGCAACAUAAUUGGCCCAAAAAGGUGAGCAUUAGAUUCGAGUAAAUACAGUAGAUUUAUAUUGAAUAAAAGUCAAAAGGGCUACUAUGUUGCAGUAACUAUAUAUGAACAAAGUAUCUCUGUUCAGCAUGCAGUGUAUAUAAUAUAGUAUUUUGUUAUGGCCAUUCUAGUGUUUAUAAAACCGAUGGUUUUGUUUAUUGCAGAAUUGAACUGAGGAAAUAAUAUAGCAAUCUUUCCCAGUUUGCAUCUGUAUUAGACUUGGUUUUAGUUGUUUUCAUUUUAUUGGUUGUGUGUUUGCCUCCUUGUGCUUCUUUGGGAGGAAGGGCACGCUAUAAAUUUAAUAAGUAAAUAAAUUACUUUUCCACAAACUUUGAAAUUGUUACCUUUCAGCAUAGAAAUUUUCAAAUUCUUUCUGAAUUCCUUAAUUUGUGAGCCACUACUAAGCUGUGACUGUUUUCAGUGUAAGGCUGAUGUUUAGGUCCGCCUGGAAGAAGCGGACCAUUUGGAUCCCUUCCAGUCAGGAUUCAGGCCUCAUCAUGGGACUGAAACUGCCUUGGUCGCACUGGUUGAUGAUCUCCGGCGGGCUAGGGACAAAGGUGAGAGCUGUUUCCUAGUUCUGCUGGAUCUCUCAGCGGCGUUUGAUACCAUCGACCAUAACAUCCUUCUGGACCGUCUUUAGGGGCUGGGAGCUGGGGGCACUGUCAUACAGUGGUUCCGCUCCUUCCUCCUGGGCCGUGUUCAGAAAGUGGUGGUGGGGGGAUGAGUGUUCAGACCCCUGGGCUCUCACUUGUGGGGUGCCUCAGGGUUCUGUCCUCUCCCCCAAGCUUUUCAACAUUUACAUGCAGCCGCUGGGAGAGAUCAUCAGGAGGUUUGGGCUGGGUGUUCAUCAGUAUGCGGAUGAUAUCCAGCUCUACCUCUCUUUUAAAUCAGAACCAGUGAAGGCGGUGAAGGUCCUGUGUGAGUGUCUGGAGGCGGUAGGAGGAUGGAUGGCUGCUAACAGAUUGAGGUUGAAUCCUGACAAGACAGAAGUACUGUUUUUGGGGGACAGGAGGCGGGCAGGUGUGGAGGAUUCCCUGGUCCUGAAUGGGGUAACUGUGCCCCUGAAGGAUCAGGUGCGCAGCCUGGGAGUCAUUUUAGACUCACAGCUGUCCAUGGAGGCACAGGUCAAUUCAGUGUCCAGGGCAGCUGUUUACCAGCUCCAUUUGGUACGUAGGCUGAGACCCUAUCUGCCUGCGGACUGUCUCGCCAGAGUGGUGCAUGCUCUGGUUAUCUCCCGCUUGGACUACUGCAAUGCACUCUACGUGGGGCUACCUUUGAAGGUGACUCGGAAACUACAACUAAUCCAGAAUGCAGCAGCUAGACUGGUGACUGGGGGUGGCCGCCGAGACCAUAUAACACCGGUCUUGAAAGACCUACAUUGGCUCCCAGUACGUUUCCGAGCACAAUUCAAAGUGUUGGUGCUGACCUUUAAAGCCCUAAACGGCCUCGGUCCAGUAUACCUGAAGGAGCGUCUCCACCCCCAUCGCUCUGCCCGGACGCUGAGGUCCAGUGCCGAGGGCCUUCUGGCGGUUCCCUCAUUGCGAGAAGCAAAGCUACAGGGAACCAGGCAGAGGGCCUUCUUGGUAGUGGCGCCCACCCUGUGGAACGCCCUUCCAGCAGAUGUCAAAGCAAUAAACAACUACCUGACAUUCAGAAGACAUCUUAAGGCAGCCCUGUUCAGGGAAGUUUUUAACGUGUGAUAUUUUACUGUAUUUUUGGUUUCUAUGGAAGCUGCCCAGAGUGGCUGGGGAGGCCCAGCCAGAUGGGCGGGGUAUAAAUAAUAAAUUAUUAUUAUUAUUAUUAUUAUUAUUUAGGAAACACUGCUCUAGAAAGUAAUCCAAUGUUUUUGGAAGAUGAGAAAGUCAGAGCUGGUGGCCUAUAAUUUUGGUCAAUAAACAGGGCAGCUCUUUUUUCUAACUGGUGUUAUUUCUAACUCCUACACACUCCCAUCAGGCUAUUGGCGUGAUCACAAAAGUUCUUGUUUUCCUUCUCCCAGCCAGCAGAUCCUUCACCAAUCUUUGUUGGAUAUUGCUGAUGCAAAACUGUAAUUAGGGAGAGAGGAAAGAAUGUUCAGGAAUCACUUAAAAAAAGGUGUGUGUUCUCUACUAAAAGAUCUGUGUAAUAGAAUAAACAAGUGUUUCAAGCUAGAUUUCUUUUCAUUCAGAAUUCCUCAUGAUACGCCUUUUCCGUUUACCAGACAAAAUUCUAUGUUCCUAAGAAUUCAUAAUGGAAACACACAAGUUUCACUUCUCAUUUGGUGUAUGGUUAAUGUGAAAACUUGUUCCAGUAGAUUGUUAGAAGAUUAGAAAGGAUUUUUAUCUCUUCUAGGAUGCUGGGCACAUGUGGCAUGCAGAAAUGUCACCAAGAGGCUCUGAAAAAGAAUCGUGUUUCCCUAGCAAAGCAGCUAGUUUUGAAGGAACUGAUGGAACACCUCAUAGAAAAGGAUGUGAUCACUGAAGCAAUGAUGGAGAUGAUACAGGUACAAUUACUCCUGUCAGCAACUGGAAUUAAAAGUUUAAUUAUCCAAAAUUAUCGUUGCUGUUUAUGCUUCUAAGUGCCGCAAUUAUUCCUGCGUGUCAAAUGAGAUCAGUAGUAUUCGGCAGCAAAUAACUAGAUAAAACAAAUGUCAUAGACUAAGACUGGUAAUUAGGGAUGGGUAGAUCUAUCUAUUUCCAGUCCAUUUCCCAUGUGUACAUUUAGAAGUCCAUUCUGUCUGCAAUUUUCUUUUCAAUUCAGUUUUUGGUACGCAUCUUAAGUAUGCAUACUUUAUAUGCCUUGUGCUAUGUUUUUGAAACGGAAAACCAUACCACAAAAUCGGAGAAGUGCAAAAACCAACCCCCGUACAGUGGUGCCCCGCAAGACGAAUGCCUCGCAAGACGGAAAAACCGCUAGACGAAAGGGUUUUCCGUUCUGAAGUUGCUUCGCAGGACGAAUUCCCCUAUGGGCUUGCUUCGCAAGACGAAAAUACCUUGCGAGUCUUGAGAUUUUUUUCUCGCUUUUCCCCUUUAUCUAAUCUGCUAAGCCUUUAAUAGCCUUUAAUAGCCUUUUAGCAGCUAAUCCCUAAGCCUUUAAGCCUUUAAUAGCCGCUAUAGCGCUAAUAGCGCUAAUCCGUCAAUGGGCUUGCUUCGCAAGACGAAAAAACCGCUAGACGAAGACUCUCGCAGAACGGAUUAAUUUCGUCUUGCGAGGCACCACUGUAUUAUUCCAAGUGAAAUCAGGGUAGUUUGCUUAACAAUAUGGACUCAGCUUCUUAUGUGGUAAGAACUGCCUGAAAGUGACCUUUUUAAGAUGGAAAAGGGUUAGUACCCUCUGUUUUCAGACCCAGUGUGCUCCAGAAGACUAAGGUAGCCCUUCUAAGAAAAAUAUAUAGGGUAGGCUAAUAACUUUCAAGGACAUUUGUGAGGCUGGGCUAAAGAGCAAGAGAAUGAACAGAAAUGAGGCGCUUGGCUAAGUUCUAAAAGCCCAUGCUGGCAUAAGUAAUCAAACAGCUAUUGAUCCAAGCACCCCUUUUGUCACUUAUGUCUCAGUAGCUCCUAAAAGUUAACUUUUUAAAAACAAGUGUUUGCAUUACAGAGCAUCAUGCCUCUUAAAACACUGGGUGCUAUUGAAGUAUUCCCAUUCUAUCAUCAUCUCUGUUUGCAGGAGUCCAGCUGUGUUGUUGGAUGAUGCAGACUUAACCAAUAAAUUGAAAUAAUGUAGAAUGCUGGAAAGGGAAAUAAUUUUUCCAGUUCGCAAGCUGUGAGGCAGACUUUUCCAGUAAAUCACAAACAUUUUUAUUUCUAUGUAUUUCUAAAGAACCAAUAUUUUAAUAUAAAUGUAUGUUAAACUAUCAAGGGGAUGCCAACUUCUUUGUGUGUGAAUCUGUGUUAGAAACUGAGAUAUGAAAGCUAGGAGCUAAAUGGCACCUUAAACCUAGGUUAUGGGCACAAUUUAUUUAGACACACUUUUUUAUAACAAGAAUACAAAGCUGACUGAAUGAACCACAGCUAAAAUCUUAUGUUCAUUUUUCAUAUGGUCUAGUCCUCAUCCGAAGACUGCAAAAAAUAAAGCCAUGCUUCCCCUGUCCACCCCCAUAAUAUUCUUAAGAGGAUCGCUUCUCCAGUCUUCAGAGUGUGGCUGGAAGUGGGAAGGCAGAAGAAGGUCCUCCUUUCUGUCCACUGUGCAGUUUUAAUCUGAAAUCAUAGGCACAGUACUGUACUACGCCCAGAGCUCAGAAAUUGCUUGUGCUAAUGAAAUUCUCUGUCGCAAAAUGUGCCUAGAACAAUGGGAGUUUCGAACACUGGUGUGAAUAAAUGUGUAAAGUGUGAUUGUCUGAUUCACCCUGAGUAACAUUAUAUAGGGGUUUUUUUUAGCAGCUGCUCUGUGUUUUGUGUAACAUGACUUGGCCAGGCGUUAUGUCUUGGGUAUGGCGGAUAUAUUCAAAGAUCCAUAUAACCAAACCAGUCCUCUUGUGAGAACCUCCCAAAGCCCAGUAAGCAAGGCAGACAGCUUAAGAACUCUUUCUGUGCUGGUGCAAAAGGAGCUUUUAAACUCCUUGCCUUAUGUGUAAGUUGCGGGAUUUCAGCUGGCCAUCUUAAAACCAUGUAGGCUUGAAAUCACACAAGUUAAUCGCGUGCAAGAUGUGAUUAUUCCUUGAUGUAAAAUAUUUAAUCCUCCCUGUGCAAGUUCCUUGGAGGUUUCUGUACAGGGUUGCUAUAUGGGAGACAAAAGGAGGAAAGAAUAGUGAAAUUGAAUAUAUUUAUUAAAUGUAUGUUAACAUUUGCAUGAUUCCAUUCUUUCAAAUUAGGCAGCAAUCCUAGUAUACACACUAAGGAGUUCUAGAUAUAGGUAGGUAGCCGUGUUGGUCUGCUGUAGUCAAAGCAAAAUUAAAAAAAAUAAAUCCUUCCAGUAGCACCUUAAAGACAACUAAGUUUGUUAUUGGUAUGAGCUUUCAUGCACAUGCACACUUCUACAGAUUCGCUGAAAGAGAAGUCACCAGACCUUUAUAUAAUAGUAAGAGAGUGGGAAGGGGUAUUACUCAGAAGGGUGAUGGGAAUGGGUGAUUGGCUGAAAGGUGUGGUAAACCAGUUGACAACGACUGCAAUUGGUCUUAAAGGAAAAAGGAAGGGGUGAGAUGGCCAAAAAUAGCUUUAUCAUGUAUAGUGAGAUAAGAAUCCAAUGUCUAUUCAGAUCAGGUCUCUCCAUGGUUUUGAGUCUGGUAAUAAGUUGUAAUUCAGCAACUUCUCUUUCCAGUCUAUUUCUGAAAUUCUUUUGUAAUAUUACAGCUACUUUGAGAUCUUGUAUAGAAUGUCCUGGGAGAUUGAAGUGUUCUCCUACUGGCUUCUCUGUCUUGUGAUUCCUGAUGUCAGAAACGAAGGAGUGAGAUUCAUUAAACUCAGUGAGAGUUGCUUCUGAGUAGAUACGUACAGGAUUGCCAGGGUGAGAGCACUUCAAAGCUCCAUAGGAACGAUGUUGGUUCACCUAUCCAAUUCAGUGAUCUUUUAACAUGUUUGAUUUUUUUCUUAAUUCAGGGCAAGUCUGGAAGUUUUAGCCAAAACAUAGAAUUCUUGAACCUGCUCCCAAAGAGGGGUCCCAAAGCCUUCUCAGCUUUCUGUGAAGCUUUACAAGAAACCAAACAGCAGCACUUAGUGGAAAUGCUCCUGAGCACCAUUCCCAGCCAUAGCAACGGGAAUGCAAGGGUAAGGAAGGAUCAAAUAAAAAUGGGGUGGGGGGACCCCAUAUUAGUUUAGUGAUCUUCUGUUGUCCUCUCCAUGCUCCUGAAUACCCUCACUUCUAUUUUUGUUGUUAUGCUGGAGUGGCACAUGAUUCCUGUGGUGUUUUAUAUGAUAAUUAUUUUUUGGGGAUGUGUGUCGGGAGGGGGAGUAAAUACAUUUACACACCUGGCUUGAAAUGAAUAUUCCCCAAAAGAGGACCAGGAAUCCUAACUUCAAUAGAUAUACACUUACAUGUGUCUUAUCUUUUCUGUGCUUUGUGUAAAGACUACCUAGGAUGAUUGGUGUGUGUAUAGAUACCCAGUAGACAGAAGGUGGUUCUUUUCCUUUACAUCUCUGUAUUUCUGUUUAAUAAUGCUGUGUGGACUCUUUCAGCUGAAUUCUGGCUAUGAGGAAAAGCUGCCAUUUCCUAUAUCUGAAUCAGAAAUCUCUCAAAAAAGGCCACGGUGGCAACUUGGUAAGUUUAUUUUUGUGAAAUGUGACUAUUGCAAUUGUAAUGGCUAAAAACUUCCUUUUGUUGUUUACUAGCAUUCUAUUUAAUCUGACACACAAAGAACAAAAGAAAGAAGGUUUCUGUUGUGUGGGUAGGAAAAUGCAUGUGGAUUUUCCAGUAUUGCCUUUGGUUAAGAAAAGAUCAAGCAUUUUUGUUAGGUAAGAGCAAGCCUGAAAACAUUUAGCCCCAAGGAGCUAUUUUUUAAAUAUAUUAAUAACAAAAGUCAGAGAUCAGUGUGCAAGGCUUUUGUAAUCCAAAAUAGAUUUCCACCACCUUUGCUUUUGUUAUGGCAGCCACAUGGUGGUGGUGCUGCUUUAUUUGUUUGGAAUAUUUAUAUAUUCCUCCCUCAUAAAGGCUAUUUUUAGUAGUUGGAUACUAUAGGAUACUUUGAAAAUUGCCAGAAUGUGUCCACUGAUGAAAUGCUAUUUUUGCUUGAAAUAUCUAUUUGAGCCAAGAAUAAUGUGUAGAAAAGAUAGUAUAUAUGAAAUCACAUAAAGAUAGGCAACUUGUGGCCUAUUUUUUCAGACUCAGCCUAUGAAACAAUAUUAUCUGACCAAAUGCAGCCUUCAAAAUUGUAAUGAAAGGUUGCCUGCAAUUCCAUUUAUAAGGAGAAAUUCCCACUUUAAUAUUACACUUGUUUCUUUGUUUUGGAUGUUAUGCUCCAAACUGUAGUUGCUUUCUUUUGUGGUGUAGUUGCUUUUGGGACCUGGGGGCACAUUCAGAAAUGUAAUAAACUGUUGUGAGCACCACAAAAUGCCCAAUUGGUGUUGCUCAGAAAUGAGCCAAACACACAUAAAAAAGACAAAUAAACAGACAAAAAAGUUGGCUCUUCACCUACCACCCCAACAACAAAGCUAAAAAAGCACAAUUUUUUAAAUUAAAAAUUGUCCAAAACUGGGAGAGGCAAGAGGCUUUGGGGUGCAAUGGGGGGCUUUGGGGUGCCAUGAGCGCACCAUUUUGGGGACGCAGGUUGCUUGGAAAAUAAAUGCUGCAAAGGGCUCUUGUAUUUUCCUCUUGUUUUACUUGUAUCUCAUGCAUAUCGUUCAUGGCCAGACUUCUUUGAGGGAAAUUGUUUUCUCCCUAUAUAUUUUGAAGGGACAGAGAUAUAUUUUAAAUAAAUUAGAUAUAAAUAAAAUUAAAGAGAAGAAUGUGCCUGAGAUUCACAUCUCCAUAACAGAAAUACUUAAAACUAGGUGACGUGUGUUUUUAAUAAAACGUGGCUGGGAUGUGUGGCAAAUUGUAUUUCAGUCCCCAGACUAUUGUUUUCAGAACGGUGGCUCUUAAGAAUACAAUAUAUUGACUAUAACGUUCUUAUAUUUUCCAUGCAAAAAGCUGACCUACUUUUUACAUCCAAAUUUUAUGGCCAGGUCUCUUGGUUUCGGUUGCAUCCUGCUGAUCUUCUAAAUUGCAAACUGUUUUAUUAUUAACUAGCAACCAAAUAAAUUAUUCAGUAUAUGCGUUUUUUAUCCAUGACUAUUAACAAUAGCUGUAACACAGAAAUAAUCACAAAACUAUAAUUGGUUGCCAUUAGUCAUUCUAUUUGGCAGGUUGCACAGGGCAAGGUGCCUAGACUUGAGCAAGUCAUAGGAGUUUAACUUAUGUAUUAACCAGCUAUGGCGAACCAGUGGCCCUCCAGAUGUUAUUAGGGUCCAACUCCCAUCAACCCCAGCCAACAUGGGUUAUGGUCACAGAGGAUGGGUGCUGUAAUCCAAGAACAUUUGGUGGGUUUUUCUAAAAUGUGGCUCUGUCUGUGUUUCACUGGUAGCCUCAACCCUUUCUCUCCUUGAUAUAGUCCCAACAAAGGCCUAUUUGAAGUUGCUACUUCCACUUCAAAGAAAUGCUCCAUUGGUGUCAAUGGGGGCUUCCCUUGAAAUGUAGAAAGCAACAUCAGAGAGGCUAUUUUUGUUAGCACCAUAGUAGGGAGAGAAUUAGAGAAUUGCAGAGAUGGAAGGGAACACCAGGACCACCUAGUCUAACCCCUUCAGUAUUGGAAUAUUUUGCCCAACAUGGGGCUUGAACCCACAACCCUGAGAUUAAAGGGCCGCAUGCUCUACCAACUGAACUAUCCCUCAGAGCUAGAAAGUAAAUUUGCCUACUCCAUCUCCACAGCCAUGAGGCUUCUGCAGCUCCCCUGCAAAUGCUGCCUUCAUAACAAAAAAUGCACACUAAUUACAUUCAUACACUUUAUAUCAAGUCUGAUUUAACCCUGAGAUUCUCCCCACUUAAUUAAUUAAUAUACACAUAUGUUCUAAAUAUCACAAAAAGUGGUGUUUUAAAAAGCUACAUAAACAUGCAUUUGAUUUGCAAUCAUUUUGAUCUCUUUACUGUAACUGGGAAGUCCAUUCUGGACUUACUCCUCCGGUGCUUAAAAAAUUGGCGGGUUAUCUUAUUAAUCUGGUAUCCCUAAAUAGUUGUAAAUGCCAAGUUUACACCUGCACAGAAGUUAUUUUGUUGCUCAGCCACUUAACAUUUUGGUUGUUGGCCUGUGUCUCAGCAGAACCAGUGGAGCAUUCUUUGGAUGAUGGAGAUGGUCCUCACUAUCCUCAGGUGAAGCUAUGCACCCCAGAAUUCUAUCAUGAGCAUGAGCCCAUGGUGAGUAUCCUGAAGGGUGGAAGUUUAGGGUCCCGUCCCCCCAACAAGCAUUGGGUGCUUUUAUUGGUAAUCUGCAGAAAGCCAGCUUCAAAAUGUGAAAUAAAUGCCUGUUCAGGGGAUGACAUGUUUUUUACUUUCGCAUGCAGUUCUAAGAACAUGAGCCAUCCCAAACUGAAAAAUAGAGGCAGGUGGUUUAAUAAGUUUUAUUUUGAUGUGUGCUUCUCUUUUAGAUACCUGUAUUUUCUUCCCAAAGGCACUUACAUAUUUUCGUAGGAGCUUAUGCCAUUUCUGAGUCCAGUUCUUAAAGUGUGAUAGCAUGACUUCCAUUGCAGUCAUUUGAUUUAAGUAUCCUUCCCUUACAGUCUCUGCCAGGCAUUCUCUUCUCACUGGUGCUUCUACCAGACUGGGACAUUUUUUUCUAAUUCUUUAGGCAAAAGAAUAAAGUUCUUUUAAAAUCAUCAUUAAAUUUCUAAAUGGAAAUCCUGUACACUGAUAGAAACAAAUAUGAACUUGUUUGAGCGUUAGCAUGAAACCUUACAUUGCUGGGAUUUUUCUGGCCAUUAGCCUAUAAAUCCUUUUAAACUACAGUGUUUUUUCUGCUAUAAAUGUAAGGUGUCCUCUCCCUUUGUGUUUAUUUAUGUAGGUAUGCAACAGGAUUCUGACUGUCAUGAAUAAGUAUCUUGUGAUUUUGCUGUUUUACAUAAUAUACCAGGAAUCUGGAUCCAUCAGGUUACCUGUUUUUCACAGGCAUACAGGAUGAAAUCACACCCACGGGGCUUGGCGCUGAUACUUAGCAACGUGCAUUUUAGCAGUGAGACGGACCUAGAGUUCCGUUCUGGUGGCAAUGUUGACCAAGCUGCCCUAGAAAUGCUCUUCAGACAUCUUGGGUACCAAGUGAUGGUACGGCAUGAUCAAACUGCACAGGUGAGCCCUGAGAAUGGAACAAGCAUGAUGAAUGUCCCCAUCCUGGAAGUCAUUUUUUAUAAUUGGCUCCUCACAAUAAAUUGGGUAACUGACAUCAUUUCUAAUGUGAAUCUGGGUAUACUGGAGCAAGCAUUUUAUGUAUACUAAGGACUGUAUUUCCAUGCAGAAUUUUUAUCUCUACUACUAUCUAGAUAGUAUAAUUUACUGUAUUUUUAUUAAGUACUUUAUUUAGUUUGUUCAGUCUCACAAUUUUAUUAGCAAAUUCAUUUAUUUUAACGCGUUUCCCUUACAUUACUCUCACAAACGUUCAAUAAAAAUCUACAGAAAAUUGCUUAGUGCAGUAACUUUGUUAUAGUGAUUAAAUAACUUUGGUCCCCCAGAAUUGUAGAGGCUGGGCACAGCAACCAGAAGUUUCUCUCAGCCUCUGCCUAGACAGCCAGUGCCACUUGGGCUGUUUCUGCCAUCAGGAGUCUUCUGCUUCCUACUCUGGAGUCAGUGCAUGUGGUUAGUAGAGGCCCCAGGAAGACUGGCUGGCCGGUUACAGAAUUUUAGAAAUUACUAUCUCCGAAUACUUGGAUUAAACAGAAUAUAAAAUCUUAAAAUUCUCUGGAAAUUGGGCCCAUGUUCAACCGUUUUUGAUAAUUAAUUAGCCCUCUUUGGCUCCCCAUUAAGCUUGUUACUGGUACAUGGCUUUGCUCUGUUAAUUGUGCCUUUCCCACUUCUCUGGUAUUUGCAGUUUCAGGGAUUGCUGAUUUUAGUUAUCUCUUUUCUCAGGAAAUGCAUAAGGAGUUGGAAAACUUUUCAAAGCUUCCAGACCACCGACAUGUAGAUUCCUGCAUAGUAUCACUUCUCUCACAUGGCAUAGAGGGUGGGGUCUAUGGAGUGGAUGGCAAACUGCUUCAGGUAAUUUACCUUUGUGGAUUCCUCCUUUGAGUAGGGCGUGGUCAUUUAAGGAUGAUGAAAUUGGCAACCAGCUACUGGCAAAUAAAGUUAUAAUAGAUUCUGGCCUGAAGCAGAAAUGAAGGUAUUUCUAGAAGUUGGAAAGCAAUUAAUGGAAACAUAUAGGAGCAGAAUGUAUAUUUGAAUGAUAUUUAGAAUAUUGUGAUUGCUUGCCUAUUUCAUUGCCAUCCUUCAAUAUAAAUAUUCUCAUGAUGAUUUACAGAAUAACAUAUAUAACAAUUAAAAAGCAUGAUUCAGAUAAAACCGGUUUAGCAGUUUUUUUCUAACAAAUGUUUACUGUGGUUUUUUCCCCCAGCUGCAGGAGAUUUUCAGGCUCUUUGAUAACGCAAACUGCCCUAGGCUUCAGAAUAAGCCCAAAAUGUUCUUCAUUCAAGCAUGCCGGGGAGGUACGUAACCCAAGGAGAAGGGUAUGGGGGUGGGGUUACCUGUGCUUCACAAACAUUCUCCAUUCUACACAGCUUGCGCUCAACUCUCCUCUUUGCUUCUCUCAGGUAUAAGCGGAACCCACAUUCACCUCCCUGCCUUGCUGUUGCCACUACCUCUCUCUGUAAGUGCUUCUCACUCUGCAUGGCAUGUGGUCAGCAGAUUGCAGACCCUGCAGCACCGUGACAAAGGGGAGCUUUGUAAUAAUUCCCAUAUCUUGCAUGUGUGGUGUGGGGCGGUUAGCCACACUAAUCAUAACCCAGCAUGGAGAUUUUACCUGCAUCCUGGAACUUGAUCACAGUUGCUCUUUGGUCUGGACUAUAGAUUUCCGUAUCUUUUCUGGAUCUGGGGGAAAUGAAAAAAGCAGCAGUCCGAGGGCCAGUCACCCACCUUCCAUAACAUAAAACAAGCACUAGGAAUUUCUUUGAAGAGAGAUUCUAUUGAAAAACUCUUUUAUGAAGUUCCUUAAAACCAGAUGGGGAACAGGGUCUUCAGCUGCAUUUAGAGCAUGUACAAGAAAAUUUAGACAUUCAAAGCUUAAUGUCACCGUCUUCAGUGACAUGAUCCUUCAUGGAAGAAACUCUUAAGUCCAUUGAAAGGAAUUUUGGAAGAAAAGUACCAAGAAACACCAGAGGGGCAUAAGCUUCUUGGCAUAAACUUUCUAGCACAUCUUCCAAUUAUACUGUGUUUUAAGAGACCGUAAUUUGUAUAGGAGAUGAUGGGAGAUUCACAAAACAGGUCACUUUCCUUAGCCAUUUGAGGCCAUGCUGGAACAUAAGCCUACAAGAAAUGUAGCAUUACUUCCCAGUAACCUUACUAAUUCAAGCACAGAACCUUAAUGAAUCCGCCCCUUCAGCGAAGGAAAGGCUCCCAGAGUGGCUUCGAGUUCUUAAAUGUAAUAAAACUAACAUGUACACGCACCACCUCUUUUCUACCUUGCUCCAAGCUUGUGCUUUUCUUUCUUAAUUGCCUCCCUCACAUUUUAUUUCCCUCACCGCCUGCCCCACCAGCAAAUGUCACUACAAGUGCCUCUGGGGCUAAUGUUCUCCCAGUUGUUUUUCUGGUCUGAGAGAGAAGGAAGGGGGGUCAGUUUGCUCUUGAUGCUCCUUUUAAAACACCACUCUGCUCGACUUUGACCUCAAAUUAAUGCAAGAAGCGAUCCCAAAAUGGUGUAUUCAAUGGGACUGAGACAUCCAGAAGUGGGAUUUAGGCCUUCCAAGCUAACAAUCACAUUUCCAACUAUGGAUUAUCCAUCUUCAAGAAAUUCUUAACAUAGAAACCUAAGUUCUUCCAAAAUUCAGUUCUUAUGCCUCUGCUUGGUGGCUUCAGCAAGCAUUUCAAAACUGAAUAAGCCUGUCUGGAUGGGCUAAACCAAAUGAAGCUUUUGCAACAUAUUUGUGCUUGAUGCAGGCCUAGUUUUUUUUUUUUUUUUAAAUCUAUAGACACUAUAAAACCAUUAUGACCUGGAGAUCCUUUGCACAGUAUGCUUGGAGUGCAUAUAUAGACUAUAUAGUCCAACUCCAACUUCUGAAUAGAAAAUGGUUUGAAGAAGUGAACAGUUCAGCUGAUAAGAGAAGUAAUGAAAAACAGAAGCCAUUCCUUUUCAUCAACAGUUGAAAGUUAUAGUCCUCCUUCAUGCUUUUAUAUUUUCCUUUUCAGUCUUACCUUGAUAGUGAAAAAACAACACACAGGUUUUAUUCUAAGAAACAAAUGGAAAAUUUAUAGUAUCCCGGGCUCAUGAAGCUACCUUGAAGGUUCUGUCUGACAGCCUCAUACCUACCAAAUUAAAUUUCUUCUAAGCAGAAACACUGUGGUCACUUAUAGAAGAUUCAAGGUGCAGUUUUGCUAAAUUUUGCUUAAACCUGAGUAGAGAUCACUUUGAUACAGGAGAUUCAGGGCUAUUCAGAUGAGCUUUAAAGCAGCAAAAUUGAAAGAAAUUAGUGUCUCGAAAAUAAAGCAGAAUUUCUGUUCUUGAAACAAGUUUUGGGCAGCAGUUUACUGUUUGGCAGUUUAAUCCAAUUUUGCACGUUCACUGCUGGUGGAAUAAAUUGUGAAAAUACUUUGCAAGCAUUAUUUGAUCAAACUUCAUUUUACUGGACACCGUUAGAAACUAGCUUGAGGGUGUCACUUGAAAUAGUUUGUCCUGAGUCAGAUCUUCCCUUCUCGCCAUGCUUUUGAUAAUGAUGAUGAUUUGAAAUUUUUUAAUAUCAAAAGUCACAGUGGCUAAUGCCUGUAUAUGUAUAGAUCUUACUAGACAUGUUGGUGAUGCUGCUCGAGAGCAAAAAUAUCUGUUCUCAGUCUUUCUUAAAAUGGUUUUGUGUGUCCGAUUUAUUAGUUGGUGGAUGCUUGAUGUUUUCAAAAGUUGUAAUGCAAUCCAAGAAGAUUGUGCUGUUUGAAACCAGGCAGUUUUCAUUCAAGUCUAUCUAAAAAAUGAUCAAGGGCUCUGUCCUACAUUUUUCUCAUUCCUUUUAUCCCCUCUAACCUAUGUAUACACAUCUUUUGUUUAAGUUUAAGAUGUAUGGUGAUUACAGAGGGAAAGCAGCUGGAACAACUUUUCCAAGAUGUAUAAAUACUUUCUCUUCAGAUUUUAUUCCCAGAUUUGCUUCGCCUCGGGUUUAUACCCUUACUUAAAUAUGCUUAAUAUUACUUAAUAACCUUAGUGUUUCUUUUCUUUUUUCUUGCUCUUCCUGUACAUGUUGCUUUUUCCUAUUUGCUCUGGCAAGAUGUAGAAAGAACAAAGAGUCUGUAGCACUUUAAAGACUUAAUAAAUUAAUUGUGAUGUAAACUUCCUUAGGCUGGAGUCCACUGCAUCAGGUGCAUGAAGUAUUCUCAGUUGGUUAGUCUAUGCCAAUGGGGGUAUAAUCAAUGGGAUUUUCCUCUUCUAUGGCAGGUGAUUCUCCAGGGGCUGAUGGGGAAGGGGAAAGCUAAGGUGAAAACAGUUGGGAUUCUUAAAUCAGUGCCUGCUUACACACGACUACUUUGGACAUGAGUUCCCAUGUGUACCAGGGGAGUGGUACCAGCGCUUUUUGAUCAUUUAAUUACUGCAAGGUAGAUAAGUGGCUAAUAAGACUAUUGUAGGCAAAUUUGGUUAUUGUUGCCAAAAGUAAGGAAGUCAGGGAAUGUAGAUGAUGCUCAAUAGUAAACCCUACUAAUUGAACAUACAAUCAGAAAUGUACCUUUAGAAAAGAUGCUUGACGGAGGUGAGUGAAAUUCCUGCCUUCUUGUUUUCUCUUUAUUAGAUGAGACAGACCGUGGAGUGGACCAAAUAGAUGGAAAUGAGCGCGCUGACUCCCCAGGUUGCGAAGAAAGCGAUGCCAACAAGAAAGAGAAUCCCAAGCUGCGUCUUCCCACUUGCUCUGAUAUGAUAUGUGGCUAUGCCUGUCUGAGAGGUAUCUGGAAUAGUACCAUAAAAGUCUUUCGUUACGUUAUUUUAAUGAACUGCUCAAAGGUGGUUUUACACCUUUGAACUGAGCUGCUGUUGGUGGAUCAUCAUGCACUUGUCCCUCUUUUUCUACUUUGCAUUGACUUUACUUACUUACUUACUUACUUACAGGCACAGCUGCUAUGAGAAACACCAAACGUGGGUCCUGGUAUGUAGAGGCUCUGACUUCUGUGUUUGCUGAAGAUUCCAGAAAUACGCAUGUGGCUGACAUGCUUGUAAAGGUGAGCUGGGAUGCUGUGCUUCACUCUUGCUUCUCAACUAACUUCUAGAAGGUGCUGCACUCUUGAGAUUCUUGUUUAACUUUUGUUGGACCUCCUGUAGCAUUACUGUUCCCUUUUGGGGCCUCUGGGAAGCAAAGUGCAACUUCUGCAAACAGACAUUUGAUAUAAUUUAGGGGUGUGCUGUCAAGAGAACAAGCUGGUCAUCACACUUUUCCAACAACACAAGAGACGACUCUACACAUGGACAUCACCAGAUGGGCAGCAUUGAAAUCAGAUUGAUUAUAUUCUCUGCAGCCAAAGAUGGAGAAGCUCUAUACAGUCAGCAAAAACAAGACCUGGAGCCGACUGUGGCUCAGAUCAUCAGCUUCUUAUAGCAAAAUUCAAGCUUACCGUAUUUUUCGCCCCAUAGGGCGCACCUAGUUUUUUUUUGGGGGGGGGGAAUAAAGAAAAAAAAUUAUUUCCCCCCCAGGUGCGGGGCUGGGGCGGGGGAAGCCCGAGGUUCCCCAGCCCCCAGAACAGGCUGCUCUCCGCAAGCUGUGGGAGCCCUCCCGUGGCUUGCGCAGAGCUACCCGAAGCCCGGGCGCGACUGCUCAGCGUGCCCGGGCUUCGGGAUGCAGGCAGCUCUGCACAAGCCGUGGAAGCCCGGCCGCAACUCCUGCGGGCUCCCAAGGCUUGCGGAUAGCUUCCUGAAGCCUGGAGAGUGCGCACCGACCCCUCUCGCUCUCCAGGCUUCAGCGAAAGCCUGCAUUCGCCCCAUAGGACGCACACACAUUUCCCCUUCAUUUUUGGAGGGGGAAAAAGUGCGUCCUAUAGCGCGAAAAAUACGGUAAAUUGAAGAAAGUAGGAAAAACCACUGGGCCAGUAAAACAAAUCCCUUAUGAAUACUCAGUGGAAGUGAGGAACAGGUUUAAGGAUUUAGAUUUGGUGGACAGAGUGCCUGAAGAACUAAGGAUGGAGGCUCGUAACAUUAUACAGGAGGCAGCAACGAAAACCAUCCCAAUGAAAAGGAAAUGCAAGAACGCAAAGUGGCUGUCCAAUGAGGUCUUACAAAUAGCAGGGGAGAGGAGGCAAGCAAAAUGCAAGGGAGAUAGUGAAAGAUACAGGAAAUUGAACGCAGAUUUCCAAAAAAUAGCAAGGAGAGACAAGAGGGCCUUCUUAAACGAGCAGUGCAAAGAAAUAGAGGAAAACAACAGAAUGGGAAAAACCAGAGAUCUGUUCAAGAAAAUUGGAGGUAUGAAAGGAACAUUCCGUACAAAGAUUACCAUAAUAAAGGACAAAGGUGGAAAGGACCUAACAGAAGCAGAAGACAUCAAGAAGAGGUGGCAAGAAUACACAGAAGAAUUAUACCAGAAAGAUAUGGAGGUCUCGUACACCCUAGGUAGUGUGGUUGCUGACCGUGAGCCAGACAUCCUGGAGAGUGAAGUCAAAUGGGCCUUCGAAAGCACUGCUAAUAACAAGGCCAGUGGAAGUGAUGAUAUUCCAGCUGAACUAUUUAAAAUUUUAAAAGAUGAUGCUGUUAAGGUGCUACACUCAAAAUGGCAGCAAGUUUGGAAAACUCGGCAGUGGCCAGAGGAUUGGAGAUGAUCAGUCUACAGCCCAAUCCCAAAGAAGGGCAGUGCCAAAGAAUGCUCCAACUACCACACAACUGCGCUCAUUUCACACGCUAGCAAGGUUAUGCUUAAAAUUCUACAAGGCAGGCUUAAGCAGUAUGUGGACCGAGAAUUCCCAGAAGUGCAAGCUGGAUUUUGAUAGGGCAGUAGACCGGAAGUCUCGAGUAAACAAAUAUCCUGUCUGGUUUGAAUUUCAGUAGAGCAUCUGAACCAAGAUAAAAAUAAAUAAAUAAAUAUUCAAAAAUGAAUACUGUUUUAAAUUUCUAAGCCUUUCUUUUGCCUUUUGUUACCUUUUCAUUUAGGUGAAUGGAAUGAUCAAGCACCGAGAAGGUCAUGCCCCAGGCACCGAGUUCCACCGCUGCAAGGAGAUGUCAGAGUAUUGUAGCACUCUUUGCCAGGACCUUUACUUGUUCCCAGGAAUUAACUCUGUCAUCUAA